GCUGUGAACCAGCUUCAGAAAAGCUUAAGUGACAAUCAUUGCACAUAUGAACUUGUCGCGAUCGAACUAAAGAUUUCAACAAUCUGCAGAAAAGGAAAAAUUAUUUUCCCAAGAAGAAAUUCUAAGUGGAAUAGGUUGGGACGAUGAUUUAACGUCAUGGCUCUUUUUGAGCAAAUGUAUACUUUCUUUAGAAACAGAGUUGAUCAUAAUUCAAUGUUCCAUCAUGCUUGGAUUGUGCUACUCUUGUUGUUCGGAAAUAUAAAUGUAGAUGCAAGUCUUCAGACUUGUCCAAGUGAACCUACAUCAACUAUAUCGUCUCCCUGUAAGUUCAUACCUGGCGUACACUCUUACCAAUCGUUGAUAAUCGCCAGUGAUGUGUUCUUUGAGACAACGUUGGCAUCAAGUCGCCACACUCUAAAAAUUACACGAACUUUAGAAAUUCAGCCAACCGGGACCUUGAGUGUUGGUUUGAACGAAGAGACUUCUAAUGAAGGUAGUGGCGUAGACCAUAGUACAGGUGGAACAGGUGGGAGUUUUGGUGGUCGUGGAGGAGCAGCAUCCGGGAUGAAUUUAGCAUCCUCACAGGCUGUACCUUAUGGACAUCCGUUUAAUGUAUCUACACCUGGAAGCCAAGGUGGUGGUUCUGGCCAUGGUAAAGGAGGAGGCUUUCUGCAACUAGAAGCUCGUAAAAUCAUCAUCAAUGGUGUAGUCAGUGCUCCUGGACGAGGUGCUACUGGGAAUGGGGGUGGAGGGAGCGGAGGAGGAAUAGCUGUGUUUUGCUUUGAAAUUGAAGGAACUGGGAAGAUUGAGGCAAAUGGAGGGAGUGGUAGUGGUACAGGGGGUGGUGGAAGCGGUGGAAGGAUGUCUAUUACCUACAGACAGGGAACAUUUCGACUAAAAACACAUACCUAUGGAGGUAAAAUUGGUUCAGACGUGAGUGCCUUAUCUGGAAGCAAAUCAGCUAGCAGUGUGUAUCGGACGUCCCGGCCAUCGAGGGUGUACUCAGCUUCCCAUGGUGUUCUUAACUACCAGGGAUCCACUGGGGGAUGGAAAGCAGGACAAAACAGAGUUAAUGAAUAUCUACAGGUAACCCUUUCCAAGAAUGCAUUUGUUACGAGUGUUGCAACACAGGGACGAUAUGGUGGUAGUGAGUACGUCGAGACUUAUUCUCUGCAAUACCGCGAUGUUGAUGUGGAUUUGCAAAGUCAGCUGAGGGACUACAAGGAAAAUGGGGAAAAACGAAUCUUUGUUGGGAAUGUUGACACCAAUACAGUAAGAAGGAAUCAGCUUGAAGUUCCUAUCCACACAAAUACCGUUCGUUUUGUGGUAUUGACUUGGAACAGUGGCAUUGCUAUGCGAGUAAACGUUGAGGGCUACUUCUCAGACCCCACCAACAAACAGAGCUGCUCUUAUGUUGCACCACAAGGUUCACCUGAGGUUGGCGGACCUGGCACAGUGUUUGUCAAUGGGUUCAAGAAUGGUGUUCCUUACAGACUCUUAGUUGUUGAUAACCUAGGCGCGGAUGCGAGGACUAACUCAUCGUCAGAUUACGAUACCUUCAAACAAUCAGGUGGCAUAGCGUGGGUACCACUGGACAGCAGUGCUCCGAAAGUAGACCAACUACAGAUAUCACGUGGAGCUCAGGUUCUUUUGACGGGCACUAAUACGCAGUUAAACGUCAACACCGUCACAAACGAUGGCACAGGACACCUCUAUAUAUCUCCAAGCGUUCGCCUCCAAGUUGAUUCCAAUCUCUCUCCUUGCACCAAGAUCUUCAACGGUGGAGAGUUGAUUAUACCAGAAGGCUCUUCCAUGUUUACUAUCGAGAGGUCUCUUUCUGUUCAUGGUAAACUUACACUUUUGAACAAUCCCACGGUGGCAAUUGGAUUGUACGGUGGCGCAUUUGAAAUGUACCCUGAAUCAAGCCCUCAUAGUCUGCAGUUUGAAGACCUCAUCAUUGAGCAAAAUUAUUUGGUUCAUUUGGCCAAGACCAACCCAUCAUCGAGUUGCCGUUGGAUUUUAAGAACAAACGGUCAAAUACUUUUAAGAGGUAGUGCUGGGGUGACUGUAGAUUGUCCACUUGAAUUAACAAGUAAUCAAGUAACCUUGGAAAGCAAGUCCAGCUUCAAAGUAAACGGAAAUGGUUCAAUAACGCGUUUUACUAUAAACAAUAUGGACAUUGAUGGUACCUUACAGCCAGGAGUAUUGUCCGUUGGUUUGCAAAGCGUAACAAUUAAAGAACAUGGAUUGCUACGACUAAUACCCUAUCAAGAAUUUAAUGUCAAUCAAUUGACGGUCAACGGAAGGUUACUGUUUGAAAGUCCUGUAUUCAUUCAGGGACGACUUCCAGCUGUUUCUAGCAACAUCAGCAUUGGCUCCUCAGGGCAUUUAGAAAUGGAUGUAAGUUCUCUUCCAGCAUUGUCCACGUCUUCUCUUCUCUUAAACGGAACAUCUAUCAUAUAUGCACAAGACGUGACCAUCGCAGGAAAAUUGUUAGCUAAAAAUCUGAGCAUUAAUCCAGGUUGGAGGACGUUGACGGUAAAGCCUACAGGGAACUUCCAGUUCAAUCCAGUCAAUUGGUUUUCUUUUGAUCAAGUCUUUAUCAGUGGAAGCUUUACGUCCUUAGCUGCCUUGAGCAUGAAAGGUCUGUCGCAAAAUACCAUUCCUCACCUAAGAGUCGGAUCUAGUGGUAUUGUCAACAUAAAUUCCAUGGAGCUUACAACAAUUCUAAGUGAUGUAGUAACCAUAGAAGGCGUGACUAGAAUAGGACAAAUAGAUUUAGCACGAGGGUGGAAGCAACUGAAUGUGCUCGGUAGCAAAGGCGAAUUUUAUUUCGAAUCGAAUACUACCAUUGAUACGAAAACUGUACGAGUGAGCGGACGUCUUCAGACUAAUUCUGUCUUUGGCCAAAGUAAUCCCGUGAGAGUUCAAAACUUUACUGUGUUACCUGGUGGAACUGUUAGUAUUCAUUAUCAAGGGACGCCCAUCAGUCAUGGAAAAGGUUCCUCAAAAACAACGAUGUUUCUGCACAAUCUACAGGUGGAUGGGCUAUUCCAGACAGGUUCUAUGUACGUCAAAUCGACAAACGUACUUAUUGGCUCUUCGGGCCGAAUCGAUGUUAAUUCUGGAGGAUGCGCAAGCGAUGAGGGGCCUGGAGCCGGGAGUGGAUCUUCAAGUGGAGGGUCCGGCGCCAGUCAUGGUGGUAGAGGUGGAAGAGGAUCCGGAACAAGGGCUUUGAACCUGCCAUUCGGUGAUAUAUUCACUGUAGGUACGUGGGGUAGUGGAGGAGGACGAGGGAGUAGCGCAGGAAGCGGUGGAAGAGGAGGAGGAACGAUACAACUGAUUGUUAAUAAAACACUGCACGUCAAUGGCGAGAUCCAAAUGAAUGGAGAACCAGGAAAGUCCAGUAACGCAGGUGGUGGCAGCGGUGGGUCCCUCUGGGCCCAGGCCGAUUCUUUUACAGGAAGUGGCACUAUAAAAGCCAUAGGAGGUAAUGGUCAUGGUAACGGCGGUGGUGGCGCUGGUGGUCGAAUCAAUAUUUUCUACAAAACUGGUGGUUUCCAUAGUGAUGGUACCAUAGCCAAUGGAGGACGAAGUACCUCGGAAAAUGGUGGUCCAGGCAUUAUAUAUCUGCAAGGUCUUGAACCAAAUAUCAAAAAUCUUCGAGUAGAUAAUAAGGGACUUAAAGCUAUGGUAUCACAAGAUAGUGGAAACUAUGAAACUUUCAAGUCAACAGGGGUGGUUGCUUAUUUAAAUUCCCCAAGUGACGGCUUUACCUACGAGUUUACUCACAUCGAGGUCUACGGAGCAGCCCAUCUUUUCUUCCCGCGCUUGAAUACUCACGUCAAAGUUGAUACUAUAUAUGGUGAUGACACCGGGUCUAUCCACGUGGCACCCUACACUACUCUUAAUAUGACGUCAACAUCUCAGUAUCUUCGAAUCAAUGUGACUUGGGCUCCAAUGAUUUACCAGAAUGCUACUUUAGUUUUGCCCAAUGGUACAGUGGAGCUACGCCGAUCUGAGAGUCUUGAGUAUCCCAGUCUUACACGCAGUUCUCAUGUUUCGAUAUGGGGACGUGUGAUUGGUAAUAAUGCUCAUUUGAUGGUUGGUUAUGGCGGGACUCUGAGCUUCGAGACCUCAAGUACUCGUACUUUGACAUUUGUCGGUAUAACGAUCCAAAAGAAUGGGCGUCUGGUAUUUGAAAGUUUACUGGGCAAUGAGACUGAUCAGUGGGUCGUUCAUGUAGUGAAAGACUUUGGACCUGUUGGACGGGAAGGCUUGGUAACGAUUGAAGCAGAAGGUCGUUUGGAGGCUCGUUCGUUAAAUCUGCGGGCCGUAUCCCUUGUUGUCGAUCCUGUUGGAGUUCUUUCUUUAGAUGGUCAAGGACUACUGGCAGGGAUGGGUGCUGGUGCAGGAUUUGGCUCUGCUGACGGUUCUGGUGCAGGAUAUGGAGGCCGUGGUGGUCGCGGUGCAUCGACCCAGCAAACUGGAUCUCCAUACGGGGACUUUAAGAUGCCUCUGGUGUUUGGUAGUGGUGGAGGAGGGCCUGGUGCUAUGGGGGGAGCUGGUGGUGGUUUCUUACAGCUUAAUAUUGCUAAGACUCUUGUUGUUGAAGGCACGAUAACAUCAGGUGGUCAGGGAGGCAAAGCAACAAACACAGGGGGUGGUAGUGGAGGGAGUAUUCUCAUCCAUACCUAUGCUUUUGAGGGAUCCGGCGUGAUCUCGGUCAACGGAGGAAAUGGCAAUGCUAACGGUGGAGGUGGAGGCGGCGGACGGUUAGCUGUUUAUUGGAAAGAUCGUGAAUGGUGGUUUGGAAGCCUUACGUCAUUUGGUGGAUCUGGGAGUGGCUCAAGAAAUGGAGGUCCUGGAAGUGUAUAUCUAGAGUGCUUUUCUUUCGUUAUAAGGUGCACCCUUAGUAAAGGGCUAACAGGAGUGGGUUCGUCAGGUGGUGGGCAUGGUGGUAAUGGCGGAAGUGGGACCAAUCAGCCUCGUGUUGGCAUUGCUUAUGGUCACUUGUACGAGCCUGCGCACUUUGGAUGCCUUGGUGGUGGCCCUGGAGGUGGAUUGGGUGGUGGUGUCAUAAAUAUCACCGUCAGGGGUACCCUAAAGAUCGACGGUACCUUGAGUGCCAAUGGCGAAGAUGCCAAAUCGCUUCACGCAGGGGGAGGUAGUGGAGGAAGCAUAUUUAUCACAACUAAUGUUAUUCGUGGAUACGGUGAUGUGCAAGUUAAUGGAGGCCAUGGCUUCGUUGAUAUCAACCAUGGACGUAAUGGUGGUGGCGGAGCAGGAGGUCGUGUAGCGGUCUACUUCACAAGUAACCUCACAUUUAGCGGCUCUUUCCAGUCUCUUGGCGGUAAUGGUACGGGCAGUGCGUUAAGCGGAGGACCUGGAACUAUCUUUUUAUAUCAUCUCAUCCAUAAACACCGCACACUAUUAAUAAGCAAUGCUGGAAGAAGAUUUUUGCCAUCAGAUAAACAAGUGAUUCAAAGCUAUGCAGAUGUAUCCCUCAUUCCAGGACGGGCGUGGAUCCUACCCUCCUCUGGUGAACACAAACUGGCUGGUGAUCAGAACUACAAAUUUGAAGAGCUUCAGCUAUAUGGCGGGGCUCAUCUGGCCAUUCUUACUGAACCACAUAAUCGCUCUGCUUCGAUAUUCUUCAGUAAUAUGAUCGGUGAUCGUAGCGGAACUGUUCAUAUUGGUUAUAAUCAGACUAUGGACUUAACUCGAGAGACCAUCGAUUUGCCGUUCAAUGUACAUGUAUAUCGGGGAGGAUACAUUGGCCUUGCACCUGUUACGACUGUUCAUGGAGUAUCCAUUCACUUAGCAGGAGUUAUGUCCUUUGUGAAUAACCUUACUCUACACCAUGGAGGUCUUCUGUCUUUGAAAGAGAACUCCCGCACCGGAAACGAGCAUGCAGAGAACGAUUUCAAGUUUGACUUCAUUGACGUACAAUAUGGAGGAGCCAUCCAAAUGCUAUCAGACCCUGCGACUCACCCUGGCAUGAACCUUACUGUCAUAGUACUUGAAGUAGAAGGUGGAGGAAGAGUUGAGGGCAGUGACUUAAGAGUUUUGGCUCAGAAUAUAAGUAUCAAUACUGAAGGGAUAUUUACCCUAGAUGGUAACGGUUACAAUUAUGGCCAUGGUUCUUCCAUGGGGAUCCAUGGGCAGACGAAUAAAGGGUUUGGUAAAGGUACUGAUACUGGAGCUUCUGGUGGAGGACAUGGUGGGACGGGAGGACGAGGAAAAAAUAUGAUAACUGUUGGCCUUCCUUAUGGGAAUUUGUAUGAACCGACGGAAUUUGGCAGCAGUGGAGGCGGCCAAAUAGGGAAAGCAGGAUCUGGAGGAGGUCGCCUUUUCUUAAACGUAACUUUUCUGCUGGAAAUCGAUGGUGUACUGUCAGCCAAUGGCAAUACUGCAUCCCUUGGGGGUGGUGGAAGCGGCGGCAGCAUUUGGAUUUUCACGAAAAUUCUAAAAGGAUAUGGUAGCAUCAGAGCAAAUGGAGGAGCCCCAGCAGAUCCACAGUACGGCGGGGGAGGUGCAGGGGGCAGGAUUGCUGUUUAUUUCUACGACAACAAAACCUUUUCGUCUUUCAGCUACCAAACCCACGGUGGAAAACCUAAAGACGGAUUAGAAGACGUUGAAAGCGGAGGACCAGGCACCGUAUUUCUGUACCACCUUUUUCACAACCACAGAACCUUAAUGAUUGAUAAUGACGGUCGUAAGGCUUUAAAUAGACAUAUCAAUUACACCAAGAUCCACGAAGAGGGAGGAAAAGCAUGGAUAAUGCCGGAGUCGGGAAUUCACAGGUUUGCCGAUAACAUACACAAGUUUCAUUUUGAAGAAUUAAAUAUAUAUGGCAAGGCACAUUUAGCUGUAUGGCCCAGAGAAUCUAACGACACAAGAAAUACCUCCAUCUUCUUUAAGUAUAUGAUAGGUGAUCGAUCAGGUAUGGUGCACAUUGGGAACAGACAAGUUAUGGACCUGUUUCGACCUGAAAUAGACUUGCCUUUUAGUGCAUACAUCUAUAGUGGUGGACACUUAGGGCUUGCACCUGUGACCACCAUUCAUGGUGUCGAGAUCAUUAUACGGGGAGUCUUGGCUUAUAUAAAGAAUAUUACUUUGCAUCACAGAGGGCAGUUGUGGUUGCUGCAUGGUGGAAGAACUUACUUGGCUCCUAUCCACAAGUACGAAUUUGAAACGGUCCGUGUUCAAGAUACAGCGGUAAUACACGGUGUAACAUCGCCAAUCAUUGAUCCAGGUAUUUCCUUCUACACCCGCGCCGUGUUUAUCGAAGGAGGCGGGUUAAUACGCGCUACACGCCUGACUUUUGUUACGGAGAAUAUAACAAUUGACGAUGGAGGUUCAUUAAUUGCUGAUGGUCUUGGAUACAACACUUCUCAUGGUUAUCAAGGUUACGGUCUUUUCGGGAAGGUUAAUCCUGGUCAUGGUAAAGACUCUGAUUAUGGCGGCUCUGGUGCAGGUCAUGGUGGAAGUGGAGGCAGGGGAUCAUUAUCUGGUGGAUCACCAUUGGUUGGGUUUGCGUAUGGAGACCUUUAUGAACCUGCCAUGUUUGGAAGUGCAGGGGGAACAGGCAAUGGUCGUGGAGGCAAUGGCGGAGGAAUGCUUUGGAUGAACGUCACAAAUGUUAUUGAUAUCGAUGGACUUGUGACAUCCCAUGGCGAGGCAGGCAGUAAUCAAGCUGGUGGUGGUAGCGGAGGAAGCAUAUGGAUGUACUGUAAGACAAUAAAAGGUUACGGAAAAAUAACUGCCAAUGGAGGAAACGGUUCGAUGUCAGGAUCGUAUUCCGGCGGAGGAGGUGCAGGUGGAAGAAUCGCUAUCUACUUCCAAGAAAAUAAAACGUCGACAUAUUUCAUCUACGAGGCACGAGGAGGUUCUGCUUUUGGUUGCGAGUUUGGUAAGGAACAUCUAUGCAAGGCAGAAGCCGGUGGACCUGGUACCGUAUUUUUAUAUCACAUGAUUCAUACCCACCGAACUUUACUGAUACAUAAUGGAGGUCAAAAACCACUCGUGUCUGCCAUAAAUGAUUUUAAUGACUUGUCACGUGAUGGAUGUCGCGCUUGGCUCCUGCCUCAGUCUGCGACUCAUCACUUUGCAAAAGGGCAAGGCGACUUCCACUUUGAAGAGCUUCAAAUUUACGGUGGAGGACAUCUAGCCGUCCUGACUGAACCAGUGGGUAAAAAUGCAACCUUAUUUUUCAACUACAUGAUCGGUGAUCGAACUGGAACUUUACACGUCUCUACGAAUCAAACCAUGGAUCUACAAAGACCUGAGAUAGAUCUUCCAUUCAGCGUCCAUGUUUACGACAAAGGAUUCUUAGGUUUAGCACCCGUGACUGUGGUACAUGGUGUCACGAUCUACGUCACAGGGACUGUGGCAUACAUUAUGAAUAUGACCCUUCAUCACGGAGGGACAUUUUGGAUCAAUGAUGGAGGAAGAACAGCAGGGAAUCCUAAUAACACCUUUAGUUUUGAAAGUGUGAGAGUGCAAGACAAGGCUUUAAUGCGAGCACUGACAUCUCCGGUCGAACACCAUGGUACUGUGUUCAAAGUCAGGUCACUGUUCAUUGAAGGAGGUGGUGUUAUAUGGGCAACCCGGUUUUUAGUUUUGGCCGAAAAUAUCACCAUCGAUGACGGUGGUUUAUUGAAUGCUAACGGGGUGGGCUACAACAAUUCUCAUCCAACAUCAAACAUGGGACUCCAUGGGAUUGUCAAUGUGGGAAUCGGCCAAACGUCAAGUAGUGGUUCGUCAGGAGGUGGUCAWGGUGGUCGAGGAGGGCGAGGCGCUGAUGCUCAAGUCGUAGGUAAAGCUUAUGGCGAUUUAUACGAGCCAGUGCGAUUUGGUAGUAGUGGAGGAGGAAUCAAAGCUGGCUCCGGUGGAGGAGUUAUCUGGUUCAAUGUAACAAAUAUUAUCCAAAUAGAUGGACAGGUUAGCGCAGAUGGUGCCAACGGAAUGGAUGCUUACAGUGGAGGUGGAAGUGGAGGAAGUAUCUGGAUGCAUAGUUACAUUAUCAAAGGAAGAGGAAACAUUACUGUUAAUGGUGGUGGAGGAGGAACGCAUGCUGGUGGAGGUGCUGGAGGUCGGAUCGCGGUCUACUUUACGAAAAACACAACAUUCAUCGGGAAAUUCCACUCUCGUGGAGGGGCAAAAGGUAGUGGUAUUAAUACUGAAGCUGGAGGACCUGGUACAUCCUUCCUUUAUCACAUGGUCCACACACACAGAACUUUAUUGAUCGAUAACGGAGGACAACAUCCUAUCAAAACCCGCAUAUCAGACUAUUCGGACUUGGCGCAAGAUGGAGGACGCGCUUGGAUUCUACCUGAAUCAGGCCUUCAUGAUUUCGCUAACAAAUCCCAUGCUUUUCAUUUUGAAGAACUUCAAGUUUACGGAGGAGCGCAUCUUGCAGUCGAAACUAACCCAGUUAAUAGAAAAGUGUCGAUGUUCUUUAAGUACAUGAUUGGUGAUCGUACUGGGUAUAUUCACAUUGGACGGAAUCAAAAAAUAGACCUUAAAAGACAUUUCCUGGACAUACCCUUCAGUGCUUACAUUUACGAGGGAGGAUAUUUGGGUCUUGCUCCAAUAUCAGAAAUGAACAAGAUAGCAGUGCACGUGGAAGGAAAGCUUGACCACAUCACGAAUCUUACGAUAUUGAAUGGCGGAAUUCUUCAUUGUUACCAAACAGGAUCCACGGCUGUCGAGCCGAGGCGUCGUUUUGCUUUUAACGAAACUGUCCGCAUCAUGGCUGAUUCUAAAAUUGAGACUCACAGUCCCAAUGCACAUCCUAAGCCGUUUUCUUUGGACUCGAAGAUUCUUCUUGUUGAAGGCGGCUCUAAAAUAAACACAUUUAACAUGGAUAUCUAUGCUGUUAAUCUAACCGUUGAUGAUGGAGGCUUCAUUGAUGCCAGCGAUGGUGGAUAUUUAGCUUUACAAGGUCCUGGAAAUGUCAGUACUUUUAAGUGGAAAAAUAACGGUGCUGGUCAUGGUGGGACAGGAGGGAGAGGAACCUGUGACAGUCCAGAUACCUGCCGCUUGCGCAAAGGUUUGCCGUAUGGGAAUCUUUUCUACCCACAGGAAUUUGGUAGUGGUGGAGAUGGACCAAGUGGUGGAAAGGGUGGAGGAAAACUAAGGAUAAAUGUAACUGAUACUCUCCAGGUCGAUGGACAAGUGAUUGCUAACAGUCAUGACGUCACGUCAAGCAACGGAGGUGGAAGUGGUGGUAGUAUCCUCAUCUUCACGCAUGCUCUCUCUGGUAGUCACACUGGUGCUAUCCAAGCAUUAGGAGGGACAGGAAACGCAGGUUCUGGUGGAGGCUCGGGCGGUCGGGUAGCUGCGUACUAUAGUAAUAAAUACACCCAUCAUCCCUACAGGGGUACCUUUGAUGUCUAUGGAGGCAGAGGGAUAUCAGGUGCAGAAGCUGGGGCAUCUGGUACUGUGUUCCUCAAACACACUGAGACAGGUCAUUCUAUCUUAAAAGUCAACAACAAUGGGCAGAAAUCUCUUUCAGAUGUAAUACCAAAUGAAGGCGAGAGGUUGGAAUUAUCUGGAGGGAGAGUCGGCCGCUCACAGAGUUACACGUCACUAAAUGGCGUGACUGUCACGACAAAUUGCGCAAUAGCUGACUGUGCUAGGGCCCAUCAUGUGUGUAAUCUUUGUCCAGCGUUUUCGCUUGGGCACCUGUUUCAACAAACUUAUUCUUCUGAUCGAUGUGAUGCAUUCGUCUCAAAAUGUUCAUCUACCAACCUGGUGUUUGACUUGAAAAGUUUGAUGUUUAUCAACCACAUUCGUGUUUAUCCAUCAUGCAACUAUCCUUCAAAUUUCCAGGUUACAACAAACGAUGGGCAAGGAUCUCUUUCAGUCACAAAUGGUGUUGUGACGAUGAGCAAUGGAUGUAAACAAGGCUCCUUUGUAGAACUACCAGUUCUUAGAAAUGCCAAAACCAUCACUUUUACCCUCAGUCACGCCAUUAAUCAGCUUCAUGUCGCAAUGUCUGAAAUCGAAAUCUUCGUGAAAGGAAGCGGUGUAUCAGACAGGUACCAGUAUCGUCAGUUCGAUGGUGCCAAAACUUGGAUUGAACCAGCAUCAGGUACCAACAAGUACACCUUCAACGAGGUCCACAUUCAUGGUUCAGCACAGCUGGCCAUUAAGCCUAGAACAUCCUUGACUUCUGGAGUCACAUUCAAAGCUGAUCGGGUUUAUGGUGAUAAAAGUGGAUUCCUGCAUGUUGGAUACAACCAAGAUUUCGAAAUUAAAGUCACUGAUCCUGAUAUUCCAUUCGGUCUUCGUGUUUACGAAAAUGGAAGCAUAGAAAUGCCAAAACGAGCCUUCUUGCAACAGGUCAACGUUAGAUCGUCAGGAAAGAUCUCGGGCAUCCAGGAUCUUUUCGUGUACGAUGGAGGGUCGUUUUAUUCGGAUUCGAACUCUAGUCUUGGUCAGAAUACAUCUGCAGGCGAGUACGAGUUAUCAACUCUGCAUGUACAGAACGAGGGGACGUUUGAGCUGUUUUCCACAAAUAAAAACCUGAACAGUCGACUUAGUACCACAAAUCUGACGAUCUACGGUGGCGGUCAUUUCAAAUCUAACAACCGACUGAACAUCACUGCAUAUCAUUUGCUAGCCAUCUACUCAGGGGGCAAAUUAAGUCAUAACCACGCUGGGUAUCAAACCAAACAGGGACGGACUGGUAGCGAGUCUGAACCAUCAGAGGGUCCCGGUCAAGGGACUGGUAACAUUAGAGGAGCUAGUGGCGCAGGGCAUGCUGGGAAUGGCGGAAGAGGUUCUUUAUCAAACCGUGCUGGUGCAUUCUAUGGGUCGUUAAUCCAGCCAUGGGAGUAUGGUAGUGUUGGUGGAUAUGGGAAUCAUUAUGGAACCUUAUACUACGGUGAUUAUCGCAGCAGCACGACCAGCUCAGGUCGAAACACCAUCACUCGUGGCGGACUUGGUGGACGAGGAGGAGGAGCUCUCAAGAUAGAAAGCCGUCAUUUUGUUCUUGAUGGACAGCUGUCAGCAGAUGCCGAAGAUGGCGCAUCUCGGAGUACUGCUGGUGGUGGAAGCGGUGGCAGCUUGUGGGUUAACUGCCACGAUCUAAGCGGAUAUGGAAAAAUCUCUGCAAAUGGUGGCAAGGGCUCGCCUAAUGGCGGCGGCGGCUCAGGAGGACGGAUAGCCAUAUUCCACACCUACAUGAUCAACUUUAACGGCACUUUAUCAGCUAAAGGUGGAGACAGUAAUAUUGAAGCGGGAGCUUCUGGAACUAUUUAUCUGGAGAGAAGAAACUCCACUAAUAUCGAAUACCGAGUGUUGAAGAUAAAUAACUAUAAGUUGGCUUAUCCACUUGCUGUCGAUAGACAAGGAAAACUACGACAUCUGUUGAAAGGAAUCUAUCACGAUAUAAGUAAGGUUGGCGGUGUGACAUGGCUCCAUGAGUCGACGUCUUACACACUUGACGAGUUCCAUCUCCAUGGUAACGCCCACGUGGCAAUCUAUGGCAGAGCAACUCGAGAUCAAGUCCACUUGAAGGCAAGGACUCUAGUUGGCGAUCGUAGUGGUGUGCUUCAUAUAGGGAGGUAUCAAUACGUUGCAUUUGAUGAUGUAGACAUCUAUUAUCCAAUAAACACACUUGUUUACUACGAUGGAAGUCUACAGGUCCCCAGGCGCUUGUCACUUAGGGAUGUUUACAUGGAGGUAAAUGGUACUCUUUCUCAUGCUGAUGACUACACGAUUGAUCGUAACGGUAAACUUUACCUUUGGUCUGGCGRGAAAUCUGUACACGAAGAGACAGGUCACUUCCGGUUCAUUAACAUAUCCAUACGAUCCCGUGGUGAACUAAUAUCCACUGGCCUUCCACCUGGAAAUUUAACACGUGUUACUAUAAAUGUAACAAGAUUAGUGGUGAACGGUGGUGGAAUGUUAACUGCUAAUGACCUGAGGAUUGAAGCAGUGAACAUCACUGUCGAUGUUGCAGGUGAAAUAUCGGCUGACGCCAGAGGAUGGGGUCCCGCACAAGGUCCUGGAGCGGGUAUUCCAUACACGCCGUACAACGGUGGGUCCGGGGGUGGUAGUCACGGAGGACGUGGUGGUAGAGCAGAUAAAAUUUUGCUGUCAUCAAAGGCAUAUGGCACCAUCUAUUAUCCUGAGACAUAUGGAAGCGGAGGAGGAAAUGGUGGCAGUGGAGGAGGAACGCUUAUCCUUGAUGUUACCGAGAUGUUUAGAUUAGAGGGGCGUGUCCAUUCAAAUGGAGAACGCGCAAGUGGCGGAGGUGGUGCAGGAGGUAGCAUUAUCGUGCGCACGCUUGACUUGGACGGAGAGGGGUCACUUGAGGUGAACGGAGGCGAUGGAGAAGGAAGUAGUAGUGGCGGUGGUGGUGGUAGAAUUGCUGUGUACUAUACAGGGAACAGUACCUACAUUGGAUCUUACCAGGCUUACGGUGGUUCCAGCUCGGCUGAAAAGGGUGGUUGUGGUACGGUGUAUAUAGAAGACCGGGCGAAUCUUUCUAAUCCUUAUCGAACUCUUCAAAUCAAUAAUGGAAUAUCAAAAACUGGAAGACUGUCGGUGGAAAAGACAAGAGAGCUCAUUCUAGCAGGAAAUAGCUUGUAUCCUACAACUGUGCCAACCUAUCAGUCACCCUCAGGAGUAACUUUAUCGACUUCAGACACACCACCUGACGUUCUGAUAAACAAAAAAUUGUAUUAUGAUUUACGUAAUCUUGGAUACCUCCUCACCAGCACCAGUAGCUACUACAAAAGCUUAGUUCGCUCUCCUGUUAUUACCUAUCAGUUCCCUGCACCUCUCUUUUUGGAUCACUUGCUUAUUUACCCAACUUGUGAGGCCAAUUACAUGACAGAUCAUUUUAUUCGUGUUUUCCUUCAAAACCAAGUCGUGGAGCAAUCACGAGCCUGGGUUGACACAUCUGACUGCCUACAAGGCCAACCAGAAAGAAUGAACGUCCAGCGUACAGUAGAUAAGGUAACAAUUAGCCUUCAAAAGCAUGCAAGCUCGACCUAUUCAUCUCUGUCCUUGGUGAGGCUUUUUAUUGCUGAGGACCCAACAUCAGUAGAACAAAAUCCCUACUGCACGGCUCCAGCAACAACAUGGAUAGUCGGGAAAGACGAAAGUACCACGAACUUCGUGUUUGAUGAGCUUCUUAUUGGUGGGGGCGCAAGUUUAGGUCUCAGUGGUAGAGACCUUUCAGUUCAAGCUUCCAAGAUAACAGGGGACUCAUUCGGUCUAAUGACAGUUCGCCAGACACAGCGCGUAUACUUCAAAGGUGAAGAACAACAUCUGCCUUUCUCCUUCCUUAGCCAGAAAAAUUCCAGUGUUGGUCUUCCCCGUUUAAUGACAUGCCGUGAUAUUGAAGUCAUCAUGAAAGGCACAAUGGAACGAAUGCAAAAUUUAACUGUCGGACCAAGCUGUCGAUUUGUUAUUAAAGACUCGACGGAGACGGAGUUCAAUCUAGGCCAAGUGGUCGUACAGACAUCUGGGUAUCUAGCUGUUGAAAGGAACGAUCAAAAGCAUGUAACGAUGUUAGGGGAAACCCUUGACAUUCGUGGAGGAGGAAAGAUUGAGGCCAGCAGUCUUACAAUAGACUACAAGAAUAUUACAGUUGAACCAUUUGCGGUCCUAUCAGGAGAUGGCCUUGGUAUACAAGAGGGGAGCUAUGGCAACGGCCAUGCCCAUCGUUAUGGGUCAUCAGGUGGCGGUCACGGGGGGACUGGAGGCCAAGGAUCUAACCAGCCUCGGGUUGGUGUUCCAUACGGAAACUACAAAAUUCCCACGCUUUUGGGUAGUAAUGGAGGUUCCGGCGUCUUCCCUUUCAUUGGUGGACAAGGAGGAGGAAGACUAAAAAUAAUAGCGCACGAUACCUUAAACAUCGACGGCACAAUUUCAUCCCGCGGGUCUUCAGGCUUAUACACGCGUAGCGGGGGUGGAAGUGGCGGAAGUGUUUUAAUUUAUGCAUCUCGUAUCCAUGGGGAUGGUGACGUCGACGUAUCAGGAGGCGAUGGUAAUCAUGUGACUUCUUACUAUGGCGGAGGAGGUGCAGCUGGGCGAAUUGCUGUAUAUUACAGGGAAAACCAUUUCCUUGGGAAGUAUGUUGCAGUAGGUGGAGGUGGUCAUUUUGAAGUUGGCGGUCCUGGAACAAUUUUCUUGGAUCAUGUUCCAGGCGACAACGCAACGUACGGUCAUGAUCGAAUGGAUGAGGCAGCUCAUGGCGACAGAAUAAAACAGUUAGAAAAUGAGCCGAUCAAUGGCACAAAGUGGAUCCAAAACAGGACCCUGUAUAUUAACGCCUUAGACAGAAAACCUCGCCUUCCAUCAGCUAAUUUGAGCAUGGCUUACAGUGACUUUUCUCUUCAUGGCUCGGCUCGUGUAUGGCUCACUCUUGAAGACAGUGCACAGGAUUCUAAUGAAAGUGAUGUUGAAUUGGAUGAAAUUCAUUUAUACGGAGGUGCCCAGGUAGCAUUUAUUAAGCCCAAAGCAACAAGGAAUGCCAUAUACGUUGUGAUAGGUAAAAUGGAGGGUGAUCGCAGUGGUAGGAUCCAUCUUGGUUUUAACCAGACAUUCCUGUCACUACAGUCCCAUCUACCCAUGGACAUGGUCAUAUACCAAGGAGGUUUGACCACCAUGCAGGGAGAACUACGUGUUGCUGGCGUAACAGUCGAGGUUGAUGGUGUAUUACGAAGGUGUCAGAACAUCACAGUAGUCGAUGGAGGAGCAAUACAUAUGCGAGAGAUGUACAAUACUAAUGGUGUCCCUACAAGGAUCUUUCACUUCCAGUCCAUAAGGAUUAGAAACCAAGGCAUAAUGACUGUCACUAACCAGGAAAGAGUACGAGAAUUCCGCGGCGAAAAUAUCCAUGUGUUUGGAGGAGGAAAGUUAUCAGCGGUCAAUCUUCAUGUACAUGCGCAAAACAUGACGGUUGACGCAUUGGCUGUGGUUGAAGCGUCAUUGACUGGACAGAACUUCGUCUACAAAGGUAAAGGUACGGGACCUGAUUCUCCCGCAUCAGGGACAAGCGGUGGAGGUGGUGGUGGACAUGGUGGACGAGGAGGACGCGCUGCAAGCUCUCCGUACACAGGAGCAUCUUAUGGCUCAUUCACUAACCCACUAGAUUUCGGGAGUAGUGGUGGCUCUGCCUCAGGGGGUAGAGGUGGUGGAAUAUUUUUUCUCAACAUUUCAAAUACUAUGGAUAUCGAAGGAACUAUUCGUGUCAAUGGUGGUAAUGGUGGACCAGCCUCUGGUGGUGGUAGUGGUGGAAGUAUUCUUAUUAAAACUAAUUAUUUAGAGGGCAGUGGCGUCGCACAGGCAAAUGGUGGCAAUGGUUUUCGUGGUGGUGGUGGUGGAUCUGGUGGUAGAAUAGCUGUUUAUUACAGACAAGGCCACUUUGAUGGAACUUUACAAGCUUCUGGUGGUAAUGGCCAAGCCGAAUACGGAGCGGCUGGUACCGUGUUUGUUGAGAAAGGCGGGAACCUUAAGACAAGAGGAACAAGAACUCUAAAUAUAGAUAACAUGAAGAAGGCACCAUCAAAAGGAAAAGUUAACCAGAUCGAGAAGCUGAACCUUGACGACUCGGGAAUUAGUAAUAUCGAUAACACUCUGAAGUACAUUUCCAUAAAUGGCAUAGUUGCUACUUCGUCUCUGUCAAGUAAUGCAGUGUCCAACCUUUUUAACACUAGCACACCGUUCGUAAUAAGUAACCGUGACGUGGCAUAUGUUACAAUAGAUUUGCCCAGACCAACCUAUGUUCAUCAUAUUCGAAUAUACCCGUAUUGUAUUGACGGAUACAGAGUCCAAUACUCUCUCAAAUCUCGACGUCCUCAAGAGAAGAAUCUGCAGUUACAUGGUCAGCGUUGGUUUUCUGGCUGCUUCGAUACUGGGAUAUAUCAUGACAUUGACAUAAGCGAAACAAUCAAUCAACUUCUAUUAACUCUGACAAGGCUUAAGACGCACAUUGCAUUGAGUUUACUUGAAAUCUAUAUUGGACAAGACGAUCCAUCAAAUUUUGUUAGCAGUAACUUGGAACAAGACGCCUCUCGCACGUGGUUGGUAUUUGAUGAUGUAAACCCAUCGUACUUUGAAAUCGAUAGUCUUGAUAUUCGUGGAGAUGCCCACCUCGGGUUGCAGAAUGAUAAUGCCGACGUUAGCUUGUUGGUUAAGGAAUAUAAGGGUGACUCGAGUGGAACUUUUCAUGUUGGACGAAGUCAAUCAGUUAACUUUACUCUCAGUAUCAGUUCGGUUAUUCCCUUCAGUCUUCGUGCAUAUCAGGGUUCCGAAGUAAGCCUUCCCAAGGAGCUUUACUUGCAAGAGACAUCACUUUAUGUCGAGUCAGAAGUAACAGGACUACAAGACCUGGUUGUCUCCUACAGUAGCACGCUGGACAUAGCACCGCAUGCUCGAAUCAAUUCCGCAUCCCAAGGAAGCAUCUCCAUGCAGAGCAUCAUGAUCCUGAAUGGAGGACGGAUACAACAGUCUGCAUCAACUCCAAUGGCUCUCACGAUAUCCCUCGCGAAGGAACUAAGGAUUAACGCGUUCGCAGUAAUGAACGUCAGUAUUCUUAACCUCACCGCCGGUAACGUUUACAUCGAUGUCUCAGCAGUACUUACUGCCCAUGCGCGGGGAUUCUCUUCCGGUCUGGGUCGAGAACCAGGAGUUUCAUCAACUUCAAGUGCAUCUGGAGCAGGUCAUGGUGGUGCAGGAGGAAGAGGAGCAGGACAGCCAACAGUUGGAAAAGCCUAUGGAAUUCUAGAUAAACCAACCGAUCCUGGCAGCGGUGGUGGUCAGGGUUUUAAAGACAUGCCCGGCAGUGCUGGUGGCGGUGUAGUGAUGAUCACAUCUAAAGGUACUGUCCAGAACGAUGGUCUUAUCGAUGCGUCGGCUGCAUCAGCUUCUUUUGAAGGCACCGGAGGAGGAAGCGGCGGAAGUAUCCACAUUCGUUGUGACCUCUUUACUGGAAAAGGUCAAUUCUUGGCUAACGGAGGCAAAGUUGCUAGCUCUAGUAUCAAUACUGACGGAGGAGGUGGUGGUGGUGGCCAAAUUGCAAUCCACUAUCAAACAUCCCGAUUUAGCGGUGUUUACAAAUCUCAUGGAGGAUUCAGCCGUACUCAACCAGGUGGCCCUGGACAAGUAUUCCUUGCAAGCAACCGGACGCACCGCACUCUCAUUAUUGAUAACAACGGUUACCGCACAGAUCAGCUAUAUAUAUCAGACUACAAAGAUGUUUCUAACGAUGGUGGGCGAGCUUGGCUAUUUUUGGAAUAUUUUAAAGAGUUCACCGUUGAACAUAUGAUUCUCAAAGGAGGAGGUCACUUGGCUUUAAAACAUUUAGGCAACUGUACUUGCGUAUUGUGCGAAUGUGUGAUCACUUUAAACGUGGGCCGUCUUGAUGGCGACAGCGGCGGGAUGCUUCACAUCGGAAAAUCUCAAAGACUGAUCAUUCAAUCCGCUCCGACUGAGUUUCCUUCAAGCUUCAGGGUUUAUGAACAAGGCUACUUUCAGGUUCCUCCUGUAAUGCUGCUUAGGAAUCUCUAUUACCCAAAGAUAACUAUGCAAGGCGCGAUUAAAGACCUUAAUGAACUGUCAAUAGGGAAAGGAACGCAAUUGGAAAUCGCUGAACAUGGAAGUUCAUAUGGAUAUCCAGCAAGAACUCUACAGAUGAAUUCUUUAACAAUCAUGAACAACGCCAAACUGAUUGCAUUGUCAAGUAGCCAUGCAUCGUACUCACUUCGACUAAUUGUUAAUAAAACCUUGGCAGUUCUCGCUGGAGGUCUGGUAAAGGGAAAAUGGAUCGACAUAACUGCAGACAAUGUAAACAUCGAGUCGUCUGGACUGGUAUCUGCUGAUGAAUUAGGACAUGGAUUAAGAAGCGGGCCAGGUUCUAGCUCGGAUACUGCAGGUGCUGGCCAUGGUGGCAGAGGAGGGACUGGAACAAUAUCUUCUUCACCCGGACCUGCAUAUGGAUCUGUAGAAGAACCACAUGAGUUCGGCAGUGGAAGCUUAUCAGCAAAAGGUGGAGGAAUCAUAAAGAUCAAUGCCUUUUCAUCGUUAUCUCUGGACGGUGCCAUAUCAGCAGACGGAGAGCAAAGUAGUAAAAAUAUGACUGGUGGUGGAAGUGGUGGAAGUGUCUGGCUUACCACUAAAUAUUUGGCAGGAAAUGGUGAAUCCACCGUACUCGGAGGGAAUGGUAACGCAUUUGGUGGUGGAGGUGGUGGAGGACGAAUAUCGGUUACGUUUAGAAACUCCUCAUUUAGUGGCGUGUUUAAAGCUUUCGGAGGAUCGAGCAGGUAUGAAGCUGGUGGAGCAGGCACUGUUUUUCUCAGUGACGCCGGCAUGAACAAACGCAAACUGAUCGUAAACAAUAACAACAUUGGCGCUCCCCUGAUUGAUGAUAUUACAAACGUUCUUCAUGACGGAGGAAGAACAUGGAUUACCCCUAAGAGUGGUACAACUAUCGUUGAAUACGACCAAGUAGACCUACGUGGUAAAUCACAACUAGCAGUACUUACAAAUCCUCCUGGAGCCGCUUUGGAAUGGGCCAUCAAAGGAUUCACGGGAGAUCUUUCUGGUAUCCUUCACAUCCAGGCAAAUCAAACACUAAGAAUGACAUCAAACGUCGUAAACUCUGGUGAUCAAAAACUACCAAUGGGGGUCAAUGUUUAUAGUAAAGGAGAUGUCCAACUCCCCGAGAGUAUGUUUAUUGAUGGUAUUAAGGUGAUCGUGGCUGGGAGCAUAAGUGGUGCUCAUAAUGUAACUGUGGGUAACAAAGGAAAGCUUGUUCUCAGGAAACUAAUGGCACCUGAUGGUAGUAUUUCUCGAAAGAUCAAUUUCGGAGCGAUCGAAAUCCAAGGAGGCGGUAGAGUAGACAUUGAAAGUGAUGUUCAAGGGCUUUUCAUAAGUUGUACUUCUUUAUGGGUGAGAAGUGGUGGUGUUCUUACCGCGGAUCGACUUACAUUAGAUGCUGAAACAAUAACCAUUGAACAAUCAGGAAUCAUUGACCUCAGUUUUAAGAGUUCGGUCGAUCCAAGCAAUCCAGGGGCAGGGGUAUCUCACGCGUCUGGAUCAUCAGGGGCAGGCCAUGGUGGACGAGGCGGCAGGGGGAUGAAUCAACCCUUGACUGGCAGUUAUUACGAUAGCUUUACACACCCCCGCAUGUUCGGUAGCUCAGGAGGUGGAGGAUCUUCCACUGGAGGGGGUGUACUAUACGUGAAUGUUACAACCUUAACUGUUGAUGGUACCAUUAAAGUAGACGGGAAGAGCAGUGCGUUAGGAUCUUUUUAUGGUGGUGGCAGUGGUGGAAGUAUUCUUAUUGAAACUGGAGUCAUCCGUGGUGCAGGUAUUAUACAAGCUAACGGAGGUGACGGAGGAAGCGCUGGUGGUGGUGGAGGAAGCGGCGGAAGGAUUGCCAUCCACUCAACGCAAAACCUAUACACCGGUUCUAUCACUGCUUAUGGAGGUAACUCACCCGUUGAAGCAGGAGCUUCUGGAACUAUUUACAAACUAGAUCUAACAACUGGAAGAACAGUUCUCGAAGUGAACAACCUUGGAAGGAGACCUGCCACAUCUUAUAUCGCAAGUUAUUAUUCCUUAUCAAAUGAUAGCGCUCGCACUUGGCUCACAAGAUCCUCUUUAAGUCAAAACCCGAAAAUAUUGUCAAUUGCUGAUAUAAACCUUGAUGAAGAAGUGUACGAGGGAUUUACCAUUAAUGAGCUUAGACUUGGUGGUGGGGCCCAUCUUGCUUUCGAAACAGACUCUCGUUUACGUUUGCAUGACGUGAGUAGGCUUGUUGGUAGUUUUGAAGGAGAAAGCUUUGGUUUUCUUCACUCAGGACCUCAGCAGCUACUUGUAAUCAAGGAAACAGAAUACUAUAUUCCAGUAAACCUGCAGGUCUAUCCAGGUGGUCUUGUUCAACUGCCUUCUAGAAUAAUGCUUCACAAGAAUUCCAUUUCGUUAGGCGGAUACCUUAUUAAGGUUAAUGACAUAACAAUUUCCGAGUGUCUAAUUAACUUUGGACCAAAUGCUUCCGCGUUGACAAGAGGAACGCCUGUYAAUCUGAAGUUUGACAUUGAAACGAUCAAGAUACUAAACCAAGGAAUCUUGCGUAUGACUGAUUCAUCAGACGAAUAUAAAUUGCAGACUAAAUCUAUCGAAAUUUAUGCUGGGGGAUCAGUUGUUGGAAGAAAUGUAAGCAUAGUUUCAGAAAACAUCGUAGUUCAUGAGAGUGCUAGUAUCACGUUUGACGGCCAAGGGGAAAGAUGCGUUCCCUCUGAUGUUUAUUAUUCCGGGUCUGGAGGAAGUCACGCAGGUUAUGGAGGUAUGGGAAGUACAGCAAGAUAUCGUCCUGAACCAUUUGAUUCUGUUUACUUUCCGCGAUUUCUCGGUGAGGCAGGACGCGCUGGAAGGGUUAGUCAACCGUGCAGAGGAGGUUAUGGAGGUGGCAGACUUAAUCUAACGGUUAGCGGAGUCCUUACUGUCGACGGGAUGAUAUCUUCUAGGGGCACUGCAGCGGGGGAUGAUAUUAGUGGAGGCGGUGGCGGAGGUUCUCUCUUCAUCAAUGUUACAACUUUACGAGGAACAGGUUCAUUUGAUGUUCGAGGUGGGAAUGGUGGCGGCACUUCAGGUGGAGGCGGAAGUGGAGGAAUACUCUCAAUUUACAUGAAAUCAUCACUACGGCUUUACACCGUCAAUUUACAUGGUGGCAACGGAAAACAAAAUGGCGCUUCUGGAUUCUUUUACGAACAUAGUUAUUCGGAAAAGUCGGAAAAAGCUAAGCUUGUACUUGAUAAUGGUGGGUUAUAUGCAACAAAUACAUCGAGUGUGCUUCUCUGUGACACCAAGACAAUUGAUCACACAUUUGAUGAGAUUAGAAUAAUAGGAUCUGCCGCAAUGCAUAUGAAGUCCUGUAAAGAUGGAAGUCCAAUGACACUCAUAGGAAGGGCUGUUAGCGGAGAUAAGACGGGCUUACUGAUAACACAGCGCUACCAUGAUUCAUAUAUUGGAGUUACUGGUUUGGUGCUAUCGAAGCUUGAACUGCCUUUUAGUGUUCAGAUCAACGAAGGGGGUACACUUUCUGUUCCCCCUACACUAGUUAUCCGCGGCACCAGUUUGGGAAUUUCCGGUAGCUUAGUCGGCGUGAAAGAUUUGACUCUUGAUAGGAAUGGAGAGCUUGUUUUGAACUUUCCAGGCCAUACUGGAUAUCGCCAGGCACCUCAAGGAGGAGUCUCUUCUAGCACAUUUGAACGUCUUAGGAUCAAGAAAGAUGGAAAGGUUUGGACAAAAACAGCUGGGAAUGUUCGCGUAAAUGCAAUUGCAUUCCAACAAGAUUAUGGGGGUUUAUUUGAAUCGUCGGAUAUUGCAAUAAGUACUCAAAAUAAGGUCAUAGAAAAUAAAGGACCACCUUUAGGAAGAGUUGACUGUCCUCAUGGAUAUGAAAUCGUCGCCACGGCUUCACCGACUCUUUACAAUCCUUGUGGUACUGGAAAACAUGUGUGGCAAAAGUCAAACGUCUCAUACAUAGUAACACACAAUGUGUCGAAGAUAGUUUAUGAUAUUAUCUGGAAGGAGGAUGUGUCUUCAUUGCAAACUAGUGUCGUGUAUUAUCUGGUGCAUGAGACGCGCUAUAACGUUACUUACAGCAUUGCAUGUGAUUAUAACAACUUCACGCUACUCGCAGGACAGGCGUGCACAUUCAAGCCAGGAAACUAUACUUACAACACACUGGAAAUACAAACUGAUGCUACAAUGAAUUUUGAGGCAUCAACUAGUAAGAAUACUUUAAGUUUUCUAACGGCUACAAAGAUAACUGUGAAAGCUGGGGGAAAUUUACAAGCUUUAUCAUCAAAUUUCGAUAAUGCCCUACCAGUGCAGAAUGGUCAAGGUGGUAGUUAUGGAGGUCUGGGUGGUGGCAACACAAACAAAGGAUUCUUAUACGGCAACUUAGAUAAUCCACUUCAUUUUGGGUCUUACGGUGGAGGAACAGCCCAACAUCGCGGAAGAGGUGGCGGUGCUCUGGUGGUGAUGGUAAGCGAGCUAGACUUAGACGGUACAGUCGAUGCAAGUGGAAGUAAGGGGUCCAAUGGAGCUGGAGGAGGAAGUGGAGGUAGCAUUUUUAUUAACGCCACCUCUAUUACUGGCUCAGGUACCAUUAGGGCUCGUGGAGGAAACAGCUCAUCUGCCGGAGGAGGCGGCGGGGGAAGAAUAGCUAUCCAUGCUUACCAUUCGAUAGAAAAUAUUCAACUGAACUAUGAUUUAACCGGAGGCCACGGCGCUAAUAUUGGAGGCGCAGGAACUAUGAUAUUUAAAGACUUUUCAAAGUCUCCUGUGCAUGAUACUUUCUUCCUUGAUGGAAAAUAUUCUUCCGCAUGCGUGCUACCACUGUCUGUAAAACAGUACUCAUUUAGCAAAUUACACAUUAGAUCAGGCGUUUUCUCUACGAGUGGACAGUCAGUUGUUGCGAAAGCGCUCUUGGCAGAAAAAGAAGGGAAAGUUAUUGUUGAUAACGGUGGCAAACUUGAAAUACUAGAUAUUGACCAUGACGGAAAAGAAGCAAAAUGCGAUUUUGAAGUUCAAGGUGGAGGAACUUUGACUUUCACUGGGAAAGUUGUUUUUAAUGGGCCAAGCAAUCCUACAGUCGUGGUUUCUGGAAAGCUUAUUGCAACGCAACCGGAAGUGGGUAAUUCGAAGCGGAUUGAAUUGAAACAUUUGGGAGAGAUUCAAGCUUCGACUUUAAAACUUAGACAUAAUUCAAGAAUUGAUAUUGGUGCCUCCUCGUCAAUAAGUAAAGCAGAAGGAAGGUUCGAUAGGUUAGUACUCGAAUCAGAUUCGAUUAUCGAUUUCAAGGCUACAAAUGUCACUCUAGUUGCCACUUCGCUAUUGAUGGGGAGAGGUUCUUUGAUAUCUUCAAGCGGCGAAACGAAGUUCUUUAAUAUCACAGCAGACAGUGUUACUAUCGAAAGUGACGCUAAAAUUUCCGCAACGGCUGGUGGACUGCUUCGUGGUUUAGGAUCUCCAUUAACUUCAGCAAGCGGUGCCGGCCAUGGUGGACAAGGAGGAGGUAAACAUAGAGGAUCAGCUUACGGGUCGGUAUUUAAUCCUCAACAUUAUGGAAGCGGACUAAACUCUCGGGGCGGAGGUAUUAUUUAUCUCACGGUGAAGCGAACCUUGUCAGUCAAUGGUCAUAUCGUUUGCAAUGGCGAGGCGCAUUCCUUGGGUGGCGGAAGUGGUGGAAGUGUGCAAAUAAGAGCUAACAGUCUAGAAGGCCAUGGUAAUAUUACAGCUGAUGGCGGGCAUGGAGGACCCUCAGGUGGAGGAUCUGGCGGAAGGAUUGCUGUAUAUGUGAGUGAGAAUUCAUUUAAAGGAACAAUUUCAACCUUUGGAGGGGUAGGUCAGGACCAUGGAGCUGCUGGUACUAUAUUCGUUCGAGAAAUCGUGACUGGACUAAAACUUAACAGCACUAUAGUGGAUAACAACAAACAUGUUACUGAUGCCAAGACAAAGAUAAUGCACGAGCAGCAGGUGUCUUACGCAAUACGUCUGCUCAGGCUAGUCAACAGUGCCCGUCUAGAAAUUGCGUCAGUGAACAUGGCAAAAAUGAAAAUCGAUAUUCUUCAAAUGGACGGAGAUAAUAGCGGUAGUUUGUAUGUUCGUGACAAUCAAACACUUUCACUCAGUGCGUCCAAAGCUGUCAGUAGUGGACCAUUCAUGYUCCCUUGGGCACUGAUUGUAGAGAAUGGUGGCACACUAAAUCUUGCUCCAAAGCUAUUGAUAACACGUACCCAGUCGACACCAUCCUUGUAUCUUGCUGGUCGACUGAUCGGAGGUCAGGAAAUUAGUAUUGGACAAAACGCCAUAGUUGUAAUAGCAAAUACUGGUGUUAUUGGCUUGACUUCUGCUUUUCCUGGUAAAUUUUUAUUCAGAUCAUUACAAGUGUCAAGUGGUGGAAUACUGAGGUUUGAAUCAGACGUCAGUACAAAGACACCAGUCGAAAUUCGAUCUUUAUCACUUGAUAUUGCAUAUGGAGGGAUAAUGGAAGGGCCGUACUUGCUUAUCAAGACCCCAGUGUUAAAUGUCGCCUUUAAUGGAACAAUUCGAGCAGAUAGACUAGGAUAUCCAGCUGGAACAGGUCCUGGCCGUGGAUCAGCCACUAGCGGAGGUAGCUAUGGCGGAUGUGGCGGGAGUUUAGCCAGCCACCAGUGUAUUUUGUAUGGUUCUUUAUACCGAGCCACCGAAUUUGGCAGCGGCGGGGCAGGUACCCCAUCCAUCAACUCAAGUGCAGGGUAUGGCGGAGGCAUAAUCCAAAUUGACGUCGACAAUCUCCUAAAUGAAGGUCUUAUUUCAUCUAAUGGUGCUAACGGUCACAGUUCCCUGGGUGGAGGAAGUGGAGGAACAGUUAACAUAACAGUAGCUGAGUUAAUUACCGGAAGAGGAGUUAUCGAAGCUUCCGGCGGAUCCUCUCAAGGACACGGUGCAGGUGGGGGAGGACGUGUUUCUCUUUUAAUCAGUGGUCAGUAUAAGUACAGUGGUCAACUAUUAUCAAAAGGUGGCAUUUCAAGCUCUCUGAGUGGUUCCCCUGGUACUGUAUACAUAGAGGAAAAUCGCCCAGGACUGAGAUCUAAACGACUUGUAAUUGAUAAUCGUGGAGAUGGAAGAUCAAAGGAAGUUGACGCUUACUUAAACGAGACCAACGUGGAAUCGUAUAGUUUUAAUGAGCUGUCGAUUUAUGGUAAUGUAGUUCUCCAUUUUGAAAAGAAUGCUAUUUUAUACAAAUUGAUAAGCGACGAGAAUAGCAUGUUACAUGUUCAGGACAACGUAGUUUUGGUGAUUGAGCCCGAUUCAAAAUCUCUCGAACCUGACUGCAGUAUACAUGUGGAUCGUGACGGCGAGAUAAGAGUUCCUGAUAUCGUUUCAUUUGGUGGUAAGAAUAACAUAUUUGCAGGAACCUUGACAGGCGUUUUGGAAAUGAUCAUUGGCGUUAACAGAAAAACACAGUUUUCCUCGUCUGCUAGAACAGCUAGAUUUGUUGAUGGGAAAUACACUUAUAUCACCGAAAGAGGAUCAUAUCAGUUUUCUGCCUUGAGAAUAAAACGUCUUGCAAAGCUUUCAUUUGAAAAUGCAAGACUUAAAAAAAUACCAGUAACAGUGGGUUCGUUAGAGUUAAAUUACGGAGCGGUCUUGCAAGGAAGCUGGAUGGAUAUUAGGGCCUCCACCAUUCUUGUUAAUUCAGGGGCAAAAAUAGACUUGAAAGGACAAGGUCACAUAAGUGAAUCAGGACCAGGUUCUGGAAAGACCAUCAAUUCUUUGGGAGUAGGUGCUGGUCAUGGAGGUAACGGUGGCCUAGCUACGGGAGAGUAUGGACACUGGUAUGGGGUAACAAAGAACCCUAAUAUGACAGGAAGUGGUGGCGGUAACGGAACAUCUGGUAUGGGAGGAUUUGGCGGAGGACAUCUUCACCUUAAAGUGGUGCUCACUCUUCGAGUGGACGGAGAAAUCAGAACAGAUGGAAGUGAUUGUACUGGUGCUAAUUGCGGUGGUGGCAGUGGAGGAAGCAUUUUGAUAUUUGCAGAGGACAUCGCUGGAAACGGCUUCAUAACUAGUGAAGGCGGAAAGGCGAAUGGAAAGGGAGGUGGAGGAAGUGGUGGACGCAUUGCCGUUUAUACAGAAAAAACAAUUAGCUUUGAAGGCAGCUUCACUACUAUUGGAGGAACAAGUACAUCCGGAUCUUUGGGCGCUGCAGGAACUGUUUACAUCCAAGACAACAACAAAAAAAUACCGCGAAAAAGGUUGUUCAUUCAAAAUUUAAACAUCAAAGGAAGUAGGCCAACAACGGUAUUAUCGGAACCAUUGACAACUGUGUUUUAUUUUGAUGAAUUGAAGAUGACUGGCAGCGUGCGAUUUGAAAUAGUUAGCUCAUUGAAGGAACAUCUUGUAAUAAACAUGAAUAAAUUCAACGCUGAUAGCGUCGGAGAAAUGGCGGUCAAGAAAAAUCAAACUUUAUAUGCGGAAGUUUUUGAAGCAAAAGAGAGCCACUUGAUGCUCACUACAAAUGUUCACAUCGAAGAAGGAGCAAACAUGGUUGUCGCUUCGAGCCUGAGCGUCGAUGGAGCGACCUUGAAAGUAGAUGGUAAAAUUUCAAACUUACGUCACAUGGUUGUGGAAUCAGGAGGUCGAGUACAGUUUGGCUUGACUUCUCAAACGACUCUCAUGCAUGGAGAUAAAUUUUUAUUUCAAAGUCGUCCAGGAACGCAACAGUUUGCGUCUAUCACCCUGAAAAGUGGUUCAGACUUUGGAGCCCCAGAGAAUCUCAAGAUUUUGGUAACAAAAUUAGACCUGAAAAACGGAGUGACAUUACGUGGAAAGUAUGUUGACAUUCAAGCGCAAACUUUUCUUAUUGGUCGUGGUGCUACUUUAACUACCAACUCUGCGAUACAAGACAAAAUAAAAGUAGGUGUCGGAAUCAAUUCUGGAUCAGGUGGAUCGGGAGGAGGGCACGGAAGUGCUGGAGGAGAUGGUGGUAAUGUAAAAGGGGGUCAGGCAUAUGGCACAAUCUAUGAACCUAAUGAGUCUGGAAGUCCUGGAGGAGUUGGAACCAGCCCUGGCUCAGAAGGGAAAGGUGGUGGCGUCGUACGUAUAACCGCAGAUUUCCUUCUUAAUGAUGGUUACAUAACCGCCAAUGGUGGCGAUGCGUCAGGCUUAUCUGGUGGUGGAAGUGGUGGGAGUAUUUUUCUGACAAUAAAACAAKAUUUUCGGGGUACGGGAUUGAUUUCUACAAAUGGAGGACGCGGUGCCGGAUCUGGGGGUUGCGGUUCUGGCGGAAGGGUUGCUGUGCACGUUAUGACAAAGUUUCAAUACCGUGGUACCUUACAGGCCCUAGGGAGUGAGUGCAGCACUAGCAAAAAUUCUGGUGGACCAGGGACGGUGUUUAUAAAAGAAAUACGACACAAAUCCCCCUUUGCACAACUUCGAAUUGACAACCAAGGACAAGGGUGGGAACAUUAUGUUACUCUCAAUGAAUCAACUCAGUCCUACAUUUUCAACGAACUAUACAUGUACAAUACUGCUUCUUUAAGAAUCCAAGAAUCAGAUAGUGAUCUUUCGUUUGAUGUUAGAAAGCUUUAUGGUGACAAAUCAGGCUUAUUGCAUGUGGGGGGAAAUCAAAAAGCAUACUUGGAAGUUCUAGAUACACAGAAUUUUGUCACGAAAACACCAAUCAAUUUAAAAGUGGAGUCUGGUGGACAACUUGUGAUGGCCGCAAAAUCAUACAUCGUAGGAACAGGAUCAAUUCCGUUGGAAGUAAAUGGGACUUUAUCUCGGGUACAAGAUUUAUAUUUGACUCAAAACAAAUUGGCAAUUUUCCAUAAAGGUGCUCGUACGUCCAAAGAAAAUGAGGCUAUGGGUACAUUUUACUUUUCGAAAGUUAUAUUAUAUAGUGGAAGCUCUUUAGUCAUGAGAGAUGAACCGCCAAUGAAACUUGUUGUGGGCUUUCUAAAUUUAAAAUACGGAGCAUCUUUUUCAGCUCAUUUCCUCAAUAUCACCUCUGGAAAAAUAGACGUUGAAACCGGUAGCCUUCUAAGCUGCGCUGGAGAUAACGCGGCGCGCAAAGCUGUACCUUCCUCAGAAAUAUCUAUGUUACCGCAAGGAGAAGGUGGCAGUCAUGCAAGUUCUGGCGGCAAAGGAAUACGAAAUGAAGGCGAGUUGUACCAUGGCUCAAUAUUCAAGCCCACAGAUCCUGGCCGUCGAGGCGGCAAUGGAGUAAAGAGUGUCAUAGGAGGGAGCGGUGGUGGUUAUAUUAAAAUCGAAGUUGGAAACGGGCUGAUAAAUGACGGAACUGUUACUGUCGCCGGUGAAAAUGCUAAGCCUUCAACUGGAGCAGGUGGUGGAAGCGGCGGAAGCAUUCUUAUAAAAACAGACAUAUUUUCAGGAUAUGGCGUUCUCAGCGUCAAUGGAGGCGAUGGUGGUGGAAGUAAUGCGGGCGGUGGUGCAGCAGGAAGAAUAGCUGUCUAUGCGACAUUAAUGAUUUACCGAGGUCGUUACUUGGCGCAGGGAGGGGUAUCAGCAAGAGGUACCCAUGGUGGACCAGGUACACUAUUCAUUAGCGAGAUUCGUUCGAAGCUAGAAUAUACCCAACUUGUUAUCGACAACGCCAUGAGAUCUGUGCAGGAUGUUGUUACUAUUCAUGAAACAGGAUUGAGCACCUAUACCUUUUCCGAAGUACAGCUGUGGAAGAGAGCCUCUAUAGUAAUGUCCCCUGGAAGGCAGAGGAAAAACCUAAUUAUCAACAAAUUAGUAGGUGAUCGAACAGGGCUUAUUCACGCCCAAGCAAACCAUGAGAUACAACUCGAAGCAUCGGCUACCGUUCAUAGCGUUUCAAAGCCUGCGGUUAACUUACUAAUUGACAAAGACAGCGAGAUGGUCCUUGGAGCAUCGGUGUACGUUAUUGGAGAUGGUGCUAAAGGAUUAUCACAGAUUCCAGAUGAUGUAUCGAUUUCUGUGAACGGGCGCUUGACAAACGUAAACUAUUUCUUCUUAACUAAAAAACUAAAAGCAAGGUUUUCCCAAAACAUCCAAACAGUUGAAAAACAGAACGAAUCACUUGUUGUAUCUGAAGUGGGAAAAUUUGUCCUAGCAGUCCUUGAACUCCAGGAUGGUACGGAAUUGCUAUUUGAUCAUCCAAAUGGAGCCCGAUGCUCAGUUGGAAAGCUGCACAUGAAAUAUGGCGCCAAGAUAAAAGCCGAUGAACAUGAUGUUAGUGCAACAAUCAUACAACUGGAGGCAGGUAGUACAGUGACCGCAUCGGGAGGCGACAGACCAAAUCCAAAUAACGGAUCAAUUGCUUCAGCGUCAUGUCAAGGAUCAGGCGGAAGCUACGGAAGUUAUGGCGGUAAAGGGAGCUCGGGAUCCAGUGGUAAUAUUCCAUAUGGUGACCUUUUUAAACCAAACAGCUACGGAGCAAAAGGAUGCCCUGGAACGGCUUCUGGAGGUGCAGCUGGUGGGAUUGUCAUAAUGAAUGUUGGAGACUUCCUUUACUUGGAUGGUUCAAUAGAAGCUAACGGGAAUAAUGCAAUAUCAAACUCAAAUGCUGGUGGAGGUAGUGGGGGCAGUAUUCUCAUACACUCUGGACGCUUUAGUGGACACGGAAAGAUCAGUGUUAAUGGAGGAAAUGGUGAUGGUGUAACAUCUGGUGGUGGAUCAGGAGGUCGUAUGGCAAUCUAUACCGCAACUGAAAAUAAAUAUCUCGGUGAAUACUGGGGAAUUGGAGGCUCUGCAGGCGAUCCGCAGAAGGACAAGUCAGAAUAUUCUGGGGGACCAGGCACCAUUUACUUAUAUGACAUGCGCAACGGAUACAGAUUUACGCAACUAAGAAUUGAUAAUAUGAACAGGCCUUGGACUCAUUAUGUAACGCUCAAUAACAGCGCAAACGACUAUGAAUUUGAUCAGAUGCACUUAUUAAGAAAGGCUUCUGUUCACAUGGUGCCAGACAAUAGAACUCGAACAUUAAUUAUUCAUAAAAUGAUAGGCGAUCGAACUGGGCUUGUUCAUGUACAUAGGAAUCAGACACUUAACGUUGAAUACAAGGAUGCAACAAUGUCGAUUACGAGGACUGCAGCAAAUUUCAAACUAGACCGAUACUCCCAAGCAGUAAUGGCAACCUCAGUUCACAUCGUUGGCAAAGGCCCAGUAGCUUUUGACUGGGAUGGUCGUAUUACAAAUGUACAGCACUUUUACGUUGCACAUGGAAGAAAGAUUCUAAUCAGCUGGCAUGCGCAUACUGCAGGAAUCGAAAAUGGCAGGUACCAGUUCAUCGACAAAGAUGGCUCGUUUACGUUUUCUACCCUGGAGUUUGGCAGUGGUACUGUCAUCGAUUAUCCUGAACCAAUGGGCGUACACUUCACAGCUGGAUUUCUGGACAUAAAAUUCAACUGCCGCUUUACAGGAGAGUAUYUUGAAUUUGACGCAACAGAUUUUUACCUCGAACCUGAUGCACUUCUAAGCUGCAAAGGAAAGGGACUUAACACUAACACUUCUGGGUCUGGAAUAGACUCUCCAACGGGAGGAUCAGGAGCGGGACACGCUACURGAGGGGGUAAUAGCACCUCAAACCCUGGUGGAGAUGCUUUUGGUUCUAUCUAUGAACCUACUUUGCCAGGUGCUCGUGGUGGUUCAGUGUCUAAUGUACUCGGAAGCCGUGGAGGAGGACGCAUAAGGAUCAACAUUGGCUAUGCGUUUAUUCUUGAUGGAGUUUUAAAUGCAGAUGCUGACAAUGCCCUAGCGGAUUCAGGCACAGGAGCUGGAAGUGGUGGUUCCAUCUGGAUUACAACCGGCUAUUUGCGUGGUCACGGAGAUGUUUCAGCACUCGGUGGUACCGGUAGUAAUUCUGGAGCACUUCGCGGAGGAAGCGGAUCUGGAGGUCGUAUUGCCGUUCAUGUGUUGAUAAGAGAUGAGUACCGAGGAGGUUUUCGUGCCCUAGGAGGAGUAGGCCCAGGACACCAACAUGGUGGAUCCGGCACGGUGUAUKUCGAAGAGGCUCGGGAUCAAAAACUUAGUCGAAGAUUAUAUAUCGAUAAUGCAAACGCGGAUCCUCCCAAGGUGUUUGUAUUGGAUCACAGAAACCCCAAAAGUGUUGCAAAAGGAGAGAAAGAAGAAAACUCUGCUGAUUAUGGAUUUGACGAGCUUAUGCUUCAACGACAGACAAUUUUCACAAUCGAAAGCUCAAGUGCUACCCCAUCCAUAUCGGUGCAUACRGUUCUCGGCGACGGCUCUUCAACUUUCCACAUCAAAAAGAACCAAAAGUUCUUUAUUGAGUACGAAGAAGCUACACAAAGACGAUCUUUUCCCAAAGUAAACUUCCAAGUUGAUUAUGGUGGCGAGGUGAUACUUGUUUCAGACUUCCACAUCGUUGGACUUAAAGACCCGGCAUUUGUUUUGAACGGACGAAUGACUGGGGUGUCUAAUUUGACAUUGACCGAAGGCAGGGUAGUUACUGUUGGUGCCAAUGCAAGCAAUGCACAAAUAAAGAACCGAACAUACACAAGUAUUCCUGUUGAAGGAACCUUGACAUUUGGCGUAAUCAUGAUCGAAGCAAGUGCUCAACUGAGAUUUAUGAAACWGAUGGAAUUAGACAGCAAUCUGAUACAUAUGAGAGCACAGUCAGUUGUGUCUGCGGAUACAAUAGUAUUGUCGUGUGGCGAAGCGCUUUUAGAAGGAGGAUCCUUAAUAACUACAUCUGGUAAAGGACCGGUUUUUGAAAGUGGGAGCCAACCUGGYAGAGAAUUGGGUGGAUCUGGAUCAGGUGCUGGACACGGAGGACAGGGAGGUCCAAGUAGUACGGUUACAGGAGGUUCAGGCUAUGGCUCGUAUAUUUACCCGGAGCAUCCUGGGAGUGGAGGGGGAGGAAAGUCGGGUGGCCGAGGAGGAAGCACUGUAAAAAUGACGAUUGGACGCUUCAUCCAUCUCGAUGGGUCUGUAGAAAACAAAGGGGGUGAUGGUAGUUCAAAUGCUGGUGGCGGUAGUGGGGGAAGCAUCUUCGUCAAGACAACAAGCUUUUCAGGUCACGGUAAACUUACCGUAGAGGGCGGUUCGGGCAAUGGAAACGGGGGCGGAGGAUCAGGAGGACGUGUUGCUAUCCACGUGUCUUGGUUACGAGAGUAUGCUGGCAAGUAUAUAGCAUAUGGUGGAACUGGCUUUAAGGCAGGAGCUGCAGGAACUGUUUAUUAUACAGAUACAAACCAAGGCCUCUCUCAUCGACCAGUUUCGAAAACAGAUGGCAACGAGACAUUUUUUGGUGUUGGUUUUACUAAACUCUCCAUAGAUAAUGCUAACCGCAAUCCCGAUAUUCCGACGAUAAUUAUUAACGAAAACAAUACCUAUUAUGAGUUUGAUGAACUAGCCAURAACAACCAUGCACUGAUGCACCUUUACGGAGAGAAAGCCAUACUUGUAGUUCAUAAUUUCACAGGUGAUCGUACUGGUUUGGUUCAUCUACAGUCUGGUCAAAAAAUGUUCGUUGAGGUUGUUGAGUCAAGCAAAGGAUAUACUGUUGCAUCUGUUAGCUAUAAGGUAGACAUUGGUGCUGAAAUCGUUUAUCCGUCAUAUCUAACACUUCUUGGAACACGUUGCAGAUUCGAAGGCCUCGUUGUGGGUGUAUACCGUCUCAUAAUUGCUGAAGGUUCUGGAGUGGUGUUUACAUCAACAUCCCAGACAGGUAUCAAAGAAAACGGGACUUACAAAGUUUUGACUACUCCAGGAAAUGUUACUUAUCCUGAGAUUUAUAUACAAAAGGGAUCCACUGUUGAUUUGACAAGAAUAAAUGGCUCACUCAUACUAACAGCGUUAAUCUUUCGCGUCAAGUACCAUGCCUUGUUAAAUAUGAAUCAUGGGCGCAUUGACUCUUCUUGGGCCUGGCUUGAAAGCCGCGGUARAAUAUUAUUGGAAGGAACUGGAUAUGAAUCUGAAAGUGGUCCCGGAAAUGGGAGUACGAUAAAUAACAUAGGGACCGGUGCGGGACAUGGGGGCGAAGGAGCAGCGCAUCAGGCCAAUCAAACUGGUGGUACACCAUAUGGGUCAGUCUACAAGCCAACACAUUUUGGCAGUGGUGGAGGCAAUGGACAAGGACGCGGAGGGUCAGGUGGUGGUUUACUUCAUUGGAGAGUAGGACAGGAAAUAGAGCUAGACGGCCUGAUAUCAGUGCGGGGAGCAAAUGGCACUGGAAUGAACUCGGGUGGAGGAAGCGGAGGUAGCGUUCUCAUCGAAUGUACCAAUUUCACUGGUUAUGGAGAAAUAAACAGUCAAGGCGGUGAUGGCCAAGGACUUGGCUCAGGCGGUGCUGGAGGCAGGAUUUCUAUACUUAUUCGCUUUAAGCACAAGUUUGCUGGCAGCUACCAGGCUUAUGGUGGAUUUGGACAAUCUGUGGCGGCUGCAGGAACGGCAUAUGUCGAAGAGACUGCACGCGGACCCCAAUAUGCUGACAUGAAGUACGAUAAAUCUACAAAUAAGACCACUAUUACAGCAAACCACAGGUACCUUGAAGUUGACAACGAUAAUCGAAAGACACAUUGGAAUACAUUGCUUCUGGAAAGUGAGCACGUGUUUUAUGAGCUUGAUGAACUGUUCCUAACAAGACACGCGAAUUUACAAGUAAGGCAUCCGCCAGGUGCUACCAAUGUAACAGUAAUUGUUCAUCGAUUUAUUGGAGAUGGAACUGGUCGAUUUCAUUUGCGUCGAGAUCAAAGAAUUUUCGUUGAGGUGGUUGAGUCAAGAACAAACGAAACGCUGGCCCCAUGUAGUUUUAAAACGGAUGAAGGAUCCGAAAUACUUUUUCCUGCGAUUGUAAAAAUGUAUGGAUCAAGAUCCAUUUUUGAAGGCCGCAUGACAGGUAUCGAGGAUCUUUUCAUCGCAAAUGGCGGCAGAGUAGAAUUUUCCUCAACCUCACAGACCGCAAUGAUUGAAAACCGCAAAUACAUCAGAAUCGAUAGGAAAGGAAACUUCACUUUCGGAACAGUAACAGUAGAAAGAAAUUCAGAAAUAACAUUUUCGCGUGUGUCCUAUGACCUUCUGUUGCGUUCUGCGGAUAUGAGAAUUAAAUACGAAGGAAAGAUGUUUAUAAAUCAUGGAUCUAUCUUUUCAAGCUUUGCUUGGAUUGAGAGUGAGGGUUUGCUAUCUCUCGAUGGCAAAGGCUUAGGACCUGAAUAUGGUUUAGGUAAAGGAUACACUGUAAGUGGUGUUGGUUCCGGUGCUGGUCAUGGAGGAGAGGGUGGCAAGACAGAUUAUUCUACCGGUGGAGCUCCUUACGACUCAGUGUAYGAACCGAGAUUCUUCGGAAGUGGUGGAGGAAAUGGAAAUGGUGUUGGUGGCUCAGGAGGAGGAAAACUAUUUUGGUUUGUUGCGAAACGACUUCAGAUAAACGGGUUGCUUUCGUCCAAAGGAACAAACGGACGGGGUAUUAACACUGGCGGCGGCAGCGGCGGGAGUAUCUUUAUUCAGACAACCAAUAUGACUGGACAUGGAGAAAUCUCAGUAAGAGGUGGUUAUGGAACAGGUUUGGGUGGUUGUGGUUCAGGAGGGCGAGUAGCUAUACAUUGUCGUUGGAGGUACACUUAUGGAGGAAAAUUCACUGAUGCUGGAGGACAAGGAAGUAAAUAUGGGGGCCCUGCAGGUACUAUCUACAAAGAAGAGAACUAUCGCCCUCUUGAAUACAGACACGUGAAGUACAGCAAAGCCAAAAAUACAACAUUACUUGCUGUCGAUCACACUUAUGUCCAUAUUGAUAACGAUGGGUUUGAUGUACCAGGAGCAACAGUGCUAAUGGCUGAGAAUACCACUUAUUAUGAAUUUGACGAAAUGGAAUUGACUGGAUAUUCCAGACUUCUUUUAUAUCAUCCUGGAAACAUGACCGUCAAAGCAGUGGUGCAUCGUUUUAUUGGAGACAAAUCUGGACAAUUUCACCUUCGAAAUGAUCAAGAAGUAUACGUGGAAGUAGUAGAGUCCAUUUCAAAUUCUACUGAAGCUCCGUGCAGCUACAGAAUAGAUGUUGAUGCUGAAAUCAUUCUUCCCUCAGAAUUUCACGUUCAUGGUACUCGAUCGAGGAUCGAAGGCAUGAUAACUGGAGUUCAUCAUCUCAAGGUGUCUAAAGGAGCAGUAAUUGACAUCUAUUCUACAACACAAACAGCGCUGGUUGAAAAUCGUACUUACGUCUAUAUUUCAGAGAAAGGAAAUAUAUCGUUCGCCACAAUUGUCGUAAAGCGAGGAGGGGAUAUCGAAUUCAGGAAAGAAAAUGAAUUCAUGAGAAUAACAUCAAGUGAACUGUCAAUAAAAUACCAAGGUCUCUUCCAUAUGAACCAUGGCGAAGUUCUAUCUUCUUUCGCUUGGCUUGAUAGUCAAGGUCAUUUUAAACUUGAUUUUGGUGGUCAUCCAGCUGAGAAAGGACCUGGUAGUGGUUCAACUGCGAUCCGCAAUGGAAUUACAGUUGGUACCGGUGCCGGAUAUGGUGGUGAGGGAUCUCUAUACGGCGGAAGCGCUUAUGGUUCUGUAUACAAACCUCUGUCUCUAGGCAGCGGAGGAGGAAACGGACAAGGAACUGGAGGGUCUGGUGGCGGACAGUUGCUAUGGGAUGUGGCGAAGCGUCUUGAACUGAACGGCCUUAUAUCUGCUAGAGGUGCCAAUGCCUUAGGUUCCUAUAGUGGAGGAGGUAGUGGCGGAAGCAUUUUAAUUUUAACAACCAACAUGACCGGUCAUGGCGAAAUUUCCGUCGUCGGUGGUGACUCUACAGGCAAUGGUGGMGCCGGGUCAGGAGGUCGAAUUGGGAUCCACUGUCGAUGGCGUUUCACCUUUGGUGGGAAAUUCAGUGAUCGCGGAGGUAUAGGCACCGAUAACUCAAAGAGUGCACCUGCUGGUACUCUUUAUAAAGAAGAAAACUAUAGACCUUUAGAAUACAGGCACUUGAAAUACCUUCCAGAAACAAAUGACACUUUACUUGCGGUUGAUCAUAUGUACGUGCACGUUGACAAUGAGGGCCGUGACGUUCCUGGUGCCACUGUACUGAUGGAAGAUUUCAAAACGGACUACGAAUUGGAUGAACUGGAGCUGACAGGCUACUCAAGAUUAGUCAUAUACCACCCAGAUAAUAUCACCAAGAUUACUGCCACAGUGCAUCGAUUUAUCGGCGACAAAACAGGACAAUUCCAUCUAAGAAUUAACCAGACAAUUUUCGUCGAAGUUAGAGAGUCAGAAACAAACCGUACAGAAGCACCUUGUAGUUACUUGAUAGAUCAAGGUGCAGAAAUGGUACUUCCAGCUGAGUUUCACACACACGGCGUUAGGACAAUAAUACACGGAAGAAUGACUGGAGUUCAUUUUCUCUUCAUAGMGGAUAGAGCUGUUCUUACUAUGUCAUCUACAUCUCAAACAGCUUUAGUAGAAAAUCGUACCUAUAUUGAUAUCACUGAACCAGGUAACAGCUCUUUUGCACAUGCUAUUGUGAAGAAAGGAGGACUUUUUAACUUAAGGCGUAUUUCCCAGAAUCUUGUCUUGCUGRACACUGCUCUUCUUGAGAUACAGUAUGAAGGAACCAUUAGCAUAAACCAUGGACACAUAACAUCUUCGUUUUGUCAGAUUGAGACGAAAGGCGUAAUUAUUCUUGAUGGGCUUGGUCAUCGCAGUGCAGGCGGUCCUGGAGCUGGUUCAGCACCAUCGGGAUAUGGCUCAGGUGCAAGUCAUGGAGGUCAAGGAGGAACGGCCUAUAAUAGUUAUAAUGAUGGUCAAGCAUACGGAUCUGUGUUCUCUCCACAAGGUUUUGGAAGUGGCGGAGGUGGCUCUUCAGGUGGAUCGGGUGGAGGGAGUCUACACCUGCGCAUAAGCAAACAGCUAAAUCUUGAUGGACUGAUCUCCGCUGCAGGGCAAAGUGCAACCAUUUCUUAUUCUGGUGGUGGUAGUGGUGGCAGCAUCCUCAUAGAAACAAUGAACAUGACAGGACAUGGCGAGGUGUCUGUUAAUGGCGGUAACUGCCCAUCAAACUGUGGAGGAGGUGCUGGAGGUCGCAUUGGUGUUCACGUAGACUUUCAAAAUAAUUACGGAGGCACUUUUCGGGCUAUUGGAGGCACAAGUGGAACUCCUUUAUAUUCAGGAGCUGCAGGAACGGUAUACAAAUACGAAAGCCGCCGUGGACCACAAUACCGGGAACUGAAAUAUAACAAAGAGAAGAACAUCACUUCAUUCAAACCUACGCAUUCYAAAUUAAAGGUUGACAAUGAACACUUGAUGGUAGACACACCCACUGUGAUUAUGGAAAACAAGACAGUGUUCUACGAAUUUGAUGAAACGCAGGUCGAGGGGCACUCUACUGUGGUCUUUUAUCAUCCAACAGGAGCGAAAAAUGUCACAGUAAUUGCUCACGAGGUGACAGGAGAUAAAACUGGUAUUAUACGACUGAAAUCAAGGCAACGAUUAUUUGUAUUUGUGGUCGAGUCAACUCAUACAUACAUGGACGCACCUUGUGGUUUCUACGUUGAGGACUAUGCGGAAAUUGUUUUUCCAACUGAGGUUGUUUUACGAGGAGAGACAACUGUCAUUAAAGGUCGUAUGACAGGCGUUGAAAAACUUGUAGUGGAGCGUCGCGGAUCCAUUGAGGUCUCAGGCACCGCCCACACAGCCGUCCUACCCGACGAAGCCCAGUGGGAUAAAGACAACCCUUUUAAUCCGUUCACCCCAGGCUUAUUAAAUGUCCCUAUCGUAACUGUAACUAACACUGGUCUUAUUACAGUUACUGCGGUGCCAAUUAGUUUUGUGCUGCAGUUUGCCGAAUUGACAGUUAAAAAAGGUGCCAGAAUCUUAAUCACAACAAACUACCUGACAAUAGAAGCACAAUUCGUCGUCGUCGAGAAAGAUGGAUUGCUAGACGGGAAUGGAGGAGGAUAUCCCGCGGGACAAGGGAAUGGAAAAGGGACAUCUACUUCUGGUGGAAGUCAUGCAUCAGCUGGUGGUGGGAGUCCAGAUGCAACACAGUAUGGGUCUCUCUACAGGCCACGACUACCUGGUAGUGGUGGUGGAUACGGAGCUGGCGGUGCUUGGGUGAAAAUCAACGCAGGAUACUAUCUUAUGAAUGACGGGAUCAUAAGAAGUAAUGGGGUCGGGAAUUCCGGGCAGUCAAAUGGGGGRGGAAGCGGCGGGGCUAUUGUCAUCGAAACGUUGUUUCUCAAAGGAUUCGGCAUAAUCGAGAGUAAUGGAGGUUCUAGUUACAAUGGCGGUGGAUCAGGUGGCCGUAUUGCUGUAAUUCUGACCAACGCCUUGAUUUAUCAAGGURUCAUCUCGAGCAUUGGAGGCAGAAGUCAUCGCUCAUCGAAUCCCGCUCAUGGAAGCCCAGGAACAGUUUAUAUUGAAACAACUAUUGGUGAUGCUGUGCACAGGCUCCUCCAGGUGGACAACGCUAACACCGACACACAGGUGUUCUUGGCAGAAGAUGGGACAACUCAUUAUAACUUUGAUGAAAUUAGGCUAGUAAGGAGGGGAAUCUUAGCAACAAAACAGAUUGAUGGUAAAGUCGUUGAACUAUCAGUACGUAAAGUCACAGGCGACAAGACUGGUUUAUUUCGUGUGAACCCUGKAACUCGAGUAUAUGUAGAAACACACAGCAUAAGAACUCAAGCUCCUGUCAGUUAUGAGAUUGCAACCUCAGGAGAAUUGUAUCUUCCAUUAUUGACGGUAAUAGAAGGGAAUAGGUCUCCUGGACUAAGUGUGCAGGGCGUUCUUCUUGGAAUUGAGGAACUAAGACUACAGAAAAGCACGUAUGGGAGUCUAUUCAUACAAGGAUCAUCGUUUUGUCAAACUUGUCGUCAGUAUACAGGGACGUACUCAUUCAAAAGUGUUAAAGUUAUGCAAGGAGCGUUGCUAAGAGUGCAUAGUUACUCCAAAAACAUCAAUGCAAAAACUGUUACCCUCAAUAUUGAUCAACUUAGUUUGGAUUACACAGGGGUAUUAAAAGGAGAUGUGGCUAAUAUCAACACGAAUYUCAUGAAUGUGGAAUACGAUGCUCGUCUAGAUUUCUCUUACAAUGGCUGGUCUGCGUUGAGUGGGCMGGGAUAUAAAAGUGGAUGCGGCAACUUGGCAGGAGCUGGUCAUGGAGGACGAGGAGGAAGUGGACGAAWUUCGGGUUGCCGUUCAUGUUCCGUCAGUGGUGGUCCAAAAUACGAAGAAGCGUGCACAGCGUAUUUGCCAGGCAGUGGAGCAGUUGGUUCAGGAGGUGGAGUAAUUUUCUCGGCUACAGAUCAUCUUCUUGAGCUGGAAGGUAAAGUUAUAACAGACGGARCCGCUUCGGCAAGUAGAUCUGGAGGAGGUGGAAGUGGUGGCACGAURUCAGUCUCAGCCCAUCAUUUUGACGGCCACGGAUACAUGUUUUCUARMGGUGGACAUGGUACUACCUCCUCUUAUUCCUGCGGCCYGAUAUCAAGUUAUACAGCUYAUGGAGGAGGAGGAGGUGGAGGUCAUAUUCGCCAUUUUUCACCUUAUCCAAUAAGAAGGGAUGUUUUACGUCACCGAUAUGUCCAAGGAGGAUCAGGGGGAGAAAGAGGURRAGACGGUCAAAUUUGUGCCACAACCACUUGCAACAGCCACGGAACUCUUUCCCCUGUAACAAACGCUUGUUCUUGCUAUGUUGGUUAUUAYGGCGUUGAUUGUGGCUAUMAUUGCACUCGAGAGUCCACAUGCUCGGGACAUGGAAGCUGCAGUAGCGGCGGAGCAUGCCGGUGUGAUGAUGGAUUCGCUGGAUACCGAUGUGAACAUGACUGCCAUCCAAAUACUACCUGUAAUGGGCAUGGACGGUGUAGUGUAACAGGCCAUUGCGUUUGUGAUCCUUGUUAUCAUGGAGCAAAUUGCGAACUACAUUGUUCUGGCAAUGGAAAAUGUAUUGGUAACAGUUGUGCUUGUCAACCAUGUUUCAUUGGCACCUACUGCCACUCUGAAUGUACUGGUCACGGCAGAUGUGUUAAUUCAAACUGUAACUGUAACUCUACUUGGAAGGGAGAUUUCUGUGAAGUACCGAAAUGUCCAAAUGACUGUUCUGGUAACGGCAUAUGCAAUGCAGCUCUUUUAAAGUGUUUCUGUAACCCUGGAUGGAAAGGUGAAGAUUGUAGUCAGCCUAAUUGCCCUGGUGAGCCAAAUUGUCAUGAUCGCGGUACUUGCAUUAUUAAAGAUGGCAYGRCUGUAUGUAGUAACUGUUCAAAAGGAUGGAUGGGUCCUGCUUGCARUGAUGUGUGUCUUCACGGGAUUCAAGUUCCAAUGGAUAGUGGAAACUGUCAGUGUGACGCAUGCUGGGCAGGGAAAGGAUGCAAUKCACUUUGCAUGAAUCGUGGGGCUUGUGUAAACAACAAAUGUGAGUGCGAUCCUUUGAAAGGUUGGCGCGGAGAAGUUUGUCAAAUACCUGGAUGCCCUGGUGUAAAYGGUGACUGCAGCGGCAAUGGGGACUGUGACGGYAUAACACAUACUUGUACAUGUUAUGAAGGCUGGACCGGUAUUGGCUGCCAUAUUCCUGACUGCCCAGGGGCACCUGAUUGCUUCGAUCGUGGAGUCUGUAAUGCAACAACUAAUCCUCCAACUUGCCAAAGAUGCAUGAAGGGUUGGAUGGGUCCUGCKUGCAAUGACCCUUGUACGUUUGGUGAGCAAAUACCAAURGAUAGUGGAAACUGUGUAUGUCAACCUGGCUAUACUGGAGUAGGYUGURAUGGUGAAUGUUCUUUACAUGGUAAAGUGCUCAAUGGAAAAUGCAUAUGUGAUAUUGGAUGGCGCGGAAUUUUAUGCGACAAUCCAGGUUGUCCAGGUGACGAUGUUGAUUGCUCAGGACAUGGAGAGUGUAACAGCGCUACUCAUAAGUGCACAUGUAGCGAAGGCUGGACUGGUCUUGGAUGCAACAUACCAGAUUGCCCAGGAACCCCAAACUGUUUCAACCGAGGAUUCUGUAAUUCGUCAUUUGAUCCUCCUAAGUGCACAAACUGUUCCAAAGGUUUUAUGGGACCUGCUUGUUCAGAUCCUUGUGUACAUGGCCUGCAAGUUCCAAUGGAYAGUGGAAACUGCGUAUGUGAACCAGGGUGGGUUGGAGURGGAUGCAACAGUGAAUGUUCUGGACAUGGUACAAUAGUAAACAGUGUMUGCAAAUGUAAUCGUGGAUGGCGUGGCACCUAUUGCGAUAACCCAGGAUGUCCAGGUAUUGGAUCUGAUUGUUCGGAUCAUGGAGAGUGUAACRGCGCAACUCAUGAAUGUGAUUGUCGAAACGGCUGGAGAGGAGAUGGCUGUGAAAUUCCUGACUGUCCUGGUAAUCCAGAUUGUGCAGAUCGAGGUUUCUGCAAUGCCACUUUGGAUCCCCCUCGAUGCAACAAUUGUUCUAAAGGAUGGAUGGGUACUGCUUGUGAAGAUUUAUGCGUCCACGGUAGCCAGGUUCCUAUGGAUAGUGGGAAUUGUCAAUGCGAUGMAUGUUAUACUGGAAUAGGUUGCAAUAUCCAGUGCAGUGGACACGGAACAUGCAAGAACAACRAGUGUGAAUGCAAUACGUUAGCUGGAUGGAGGGGGUCUCUAUGUGAGGUCCCUGGUUGCCCAGGAGCUGGAGGAAUGGACUGUUCUGGACAUGGUACUUGCGAUAGCAGUAAUCAUAAAUGCAUAUGUGAUCCAGGUUGGAGUAAUGUUGGAUGUCAUGAACCAGACUGCCCAGGCACGCCAAACUGCUUUAGCAGAGGAUUCUGCAAUACUACUAAUCGAGAAACGCCAGAGUGCACAAACUGUAUGAAAGGAUGGAUGGGUCCCGCCUGUAAUGACCCGUGUGUUCAUGGUAACCCUGAAAACGGACGCUGUAUCUGCRAUCCGUGUUAUACUGGAAGCGGAUGCGAAAUAGAAUGCUCCGGACAAGGUGAAUGCGUUUCUGGAGAGUGUGAAUGUAACAACAUAGCAGGCGAUGCCUACGUUGGGAAAAACUGUGAACUUCCUGGAUGCCCUGGACGUGAUCGAAACUGUGAAGGUCAUGGUUUCUGUAACAUAAAGCUCCAAAGAUGCGAGUGUUAUCCAGGCUGGACAGGAGAUGCCUGUGACACUCUAGACUGCCCUGGAUCGCCGCCAUGUUCUGGACAUGGCGACUGUAGUAAUACCAACCCAAGAAAGUGCAACUGUCAUAGGCAAUGGGCGGGUGAGAUAUGUGAAACACCAUGUGUCAAUGGAAUAAACUAUGGUAAUAUAUCAGGAUGCAUAUGCUCUCCAUGCUUCUCCGGUGUUGGCUGUAAUCUUGAGUGCUCGUCGAAUGGCAAAUGCGAGAACGGAAAGUGUUAUUGUGACAAAGACAAGGGUUUCAAAGGAGAUGUGUGCGCCAUUCCUAGCUGCCCAGGCUGGCCUUUAGAUUGUACUGGACACGGAACAUGUAACAAAGCUACGUUGAAAUGUCUUUGUAACUCAGGCUGGUCAGGAAAAGCUUGUGAUAUUCCCGACUGUCCCGGAACACCUGACUGCAACGGUAGGGGAGCGUGCUUGCCUCCUAUUAAAGGAGGUAGUUUUCCUAAAUGUAAUUGUUYUAAAGGAUGGAUGGGCGUUGCCUGUGAAUUACCUUGUAAACAUGGAUCUCCAACAGAUAAUAUAUGUACAUGCGAACCAUGCUACAACGGACCUGCUUGUAAUAUGCUAUGCUCAAAUCGAAGUUCGCAGUGUGUAAAUGGUGUUUGUGAGUGUGGAUUUGACGGAUGGCGAGGAACACACUGUGAAAGGAAGGGGUGCCCGGGAUAUAAAAAAGAUUGUUCGGGACACGGGCAGUGUCUGAGUGCGGCUGGAAAAUGUAUCUGCGAUUCUGGGUGGAGCGGGAUUGGAUGUGAAAAAACCGACUGCCCUGGAGACCCUGACUGUAACAAUCGUGGAGUAUGUAUACCAGCAGAGACUCCAUAUUGCGGCAACUGUGAAACAGGCUGGACUGGUAUAGCRUGUGAAACCCCCUGCCUCAACGGCACACAAAGUAAAAAGGAUCCAAGGUUUUGCGACUGUGAUCCAUGUUACACGGGAAUAAACUGCGACGGACUCUGUUCUGGUCGAGAAAAUGCGACAUGCGUAAACGGCACAUGCCAAUGCGGAUUUGAAGGGUGGCGGGGACCUAGAUGCGAGAAGAGAGGUUGUCCUGGAUGGGGUACAGAUUGCACGGGUCACGGUACCUGUAAUAGUGCCACUGGAGAAUGUGAAUGCAGUACUGGUUGGAGUGGUAGAGGAUGUGAGAUCCCUGACUGUCCGGGAACACCUGACUGCAACGGAAAUGGGGAAUGCGUUGCCUCAGAGAUACCAUAUUGUUCCUGUAAUUCCGGCUGGAUGGGRGCUGCUUGUGAYGUUCGUUGUGUGAAUGGGACUCCGACCAAAAGUAGCGAUGGAAAUUAUAUAUGUAACUGUGAAACGUGCUACAGCGGAAUAUCUUGUGACAAAGAAUGCUCCGAUCACGGAAACUGUAAGAACGGAACAUGUGACUGUGGUUUCGAUGGCUGGAGGGGAUCUUUGUGUGACAGAAAAGGAUGUCCAGGGUGGAAAACCGACUGCAGUGGACAUGGUUCAUGCUUAGCUGAUGGUUCUUGCUACUGUAAUCCCGGAUGGUCUGGUGAUGGCUGCGAUAAACCACAAUGUCCAGGAGGCGGAAACUGUAACGGKCACGGGGUAUGUGAUGGAAAGAACCAUGAUCCUCCUGUAUGUGUGUCUUGUGACGCAGGCUAUUAUGGUAAUGAUUGCGGUACCAGAUGUUACAAUGGGACAGUUGUUGAYMGUCAAAACGGUAAACAAUGUCAGUGUGAUAGUUGUUUUACWGGAGUAUACUGCAACARRGAGUGCGAUCUACAUGGCAAAUGUGUAAACGGAAAAUGUCAAUGUCAAAGUGGCUAUCGAGGAGAGAAAUGUGAAACAGUUGGGUGUCCAGGAAUAGGCUCAGAUUGCAGUGGACACGGUGUUUGUCUCAGCGUUAACCARCAGUGCAGUUGUUAUAAAGGCUGGAARGGAGAUGGCUGUGAUGUUCCYGACUGUCCUGGAACACCAGAUUGUAAUAACAAAGGARCAUGCGAUGGRUCUGUCAAUCCUCCWYKUUGUGUUAACUGCACCAAUCAAACCAUGGGUCCUGCCUGUGAGCUCGCCUGCAUCUAUGGUGUAGAGUAUCCUCCAAAUAGUGCCAUCUGUAAAUGUAGUCCAUGUUAUCAAGGACUYUCAUGUGAUAACGAAUGCUCAGGACAUGGAUCRUGUAAUAAUUCGAAGUGUCUGUGCGMKGCGGGAAGAAAAGGGGAAAAUUGCCAAUCUUUGGAUUGUCCUGGAGAGCCAGACUGCAGUAAGCACGGCGUUUGUGUAAAAGACGACGCAUCUCCAAUUCCUAGAUGUCUAUGCAACCAAGGCUUCGACGGGCCUGACUGUAGUAAACUUGUCUGUCCUGGAUCUCCAAUGUGCAGUGACAGAGGAAAUUGUACAUUAUUGAAUGAAGAGCCAAAAUGCGUUUGUAAUCAUGGAUUUGCUGGAUCCUCAUGCGAAAGAUGUAAAACAAGUUUUACUGGUUCAGAAUGCGAACGUUGUGUUACUAAUUACAUAGGGUGGCAAGGAAGCUGUGAUGUGUAUUGCGUGCAUGGCAACGCUUCCGUUCCAAAUGGAGACAUCUGUUCGUGCUAUGACGAUAAUAAUAAUGGACAUUGGAAUGGAUCAACUUGUGAGCAAUGUAUGAGUGGAUGGGCGUUACCUGAUUGUAAAAUAUGUGAUGGUAGCCAUGUUGGUGAUGAAUGUYACAUUAAGUGUGUAAAAUCUAAUGCUCAAUAUCGUGAUCCACGUGAUGGAAACUGGGGAAUAAAGCUUCUUAAACCGGUAUUGAACUGUUUAGCCCGCGGAAGUAACAGCGAAAUUUUCGCAUGGUUUGGAUAUGAAAAUGUGAACAACCAUAACAUCUACAUACCUGUAGGGCCAGACAACCGAUUUAUACGUCCCAAGUUAGUCAUCACUCCCGGAGGACAAGACGGUUUCGUAAGGAAAGCCAAUGGACAAGGAUUCGGCAACUUUGUUCCGCUGACUAAUGAAAACUUUGGACAACCGACAAAAUUUACACCAGGAUUACACAAAAGAGUCUUCAAAGUUAGGCUUGACAAUGAUUUACCAGUGGUCUGGGUCCUCGCUUAUCCUUUGUCAAAUCACCGCAUCACAGUCCAUGUAAACUCGUCUAUGGUGAACAGCAAAGCUUGCAUCAAUAACGAAAUAGACUCUCGACGAAAUAACUCUCAGCUCUAUGAAAAGUGCGUCUGCAAAGAUGGUUUCUGGGGGRAAGCAUGUGAAAAUACUUGCCCUGGAAGCCGUGAUGCUCCUUGUUACCUACAUGGCGUCUGUAAUUCAACUAGUGGAUCGUGUUCUUGUGACAUAAACUGGCAAGGAGAUGAAUCGUGUAAGACAUGUACUGUAGGAUGGCAAGGACUAGACUGUUCCAUCGUCGUACAAAAUCCUAAUAACCAUACUGCUGCUUUGUUUGGGCAUGGGAAUUUCAUAACUUUGGACGGAGUAGCUUAUCGUUUUCUUGGAAACGGGGAAUAUCAUCUCUUCACCAGUCCUACCAUUCCUUUCGAGGUUCAGUGCCGCAUGAUCACGUGCUUUUUAUCAAGUUCCUGCAUCAACGCAGUUGGAUUUAGAAUCAGUAACACAGUGCUUCUGAUCCAUUCYCGAUUUACAACCGAUGGAAAGCCAAUAGUGUAUUUAGAUGGAAUUCAAGUCUUUGCGUUGGAGGUGAAUGUUGGCCCAGUAAAUUAUGGAUUCAUUUUGAAGAGAGUUUCUUUACUGAGAUUUGCUCUCGUUAGUAAGCUUGGUAUACGUAUUGAUAUUCGAAUGUUUGAUCGCUACCUCGAUGUACACAUGCAUGUGGCUAAUAAUUCAUAUUGUAUUAAUGGGACAGGAUUGUGGGGAAAUUGCAACAACAAACCAUUCGAUGACUUUUUAAAUUCUAGCAGCCAAGAGCRAAUCCCAGAUCAAGCAUAUAUCCAUGACGUAUUCGGCCCAUCUUGGAAAGUAUUGCCUAUCAGUAGUCUGUUCAAAUAUGAGCKUAACGGAUAUCAUGAAGAAAGAUAUUUGAGCGGUGGUGGCUAUUCGCUUUUAUUCAACAAUACUGGUGUACAAACAGGAGAGAUUUACAGUUUUUCAUCAUCUGACAUUACAGUCGAAUUCAUGAUAAAACUUGUAGGAACGUCAGGAACAGUCAUAUCGUACACAACAACUGAAACAUUUGCUGUUACAAUAACUUCUGGAACAGUUAAAUUACAGUACGCAGAUACCGUACUUGAAACAUUAGUUGGUCCUCAAAUAGGGAAAUGGAAUCACAUCAGUAUUGUAUGGUCAAAAACAAACAAAAUAGUACAGUUUUAUCUCAUCGAUGAGAGUGGACGAGUCAACCGCCGAAACUUUCCAAUAGUUAACGAGGUAAACAUCUUCGAACCGGGAGGUAUACUUGCCCUGGGAUAUUGGCGUCCAUCCCCUACUGGUCGAGGUAGAGCCCCUCCAGAAAGUUUUGUUGGAGAGCUUGAUGAACUGCGCAUCUGGAACAAAAAACUCGAUCCCCAGACAAUCUCUUCUAACUGGAAAGUCAACUUGGACUGCCGUCAUUCACUGGACCUUGCAAGUUUGUGGAAGUUUAAUGAAGGGCAGGGAAGUAUUGCAAAAGAYUGCAUCUCCACAGCUCACAUAAAUUUACCGUCUUCAAUCUGGCGCCCACCAACAUGGGUGUAUUCUACUGCUCCUAUUUCUCCUUUCUCUGUUGAUAAAGCAAAAGUUUAUAGUUUACGUUUCGAUAUUUUGUUGCCAUACACAGACRUCGAGAGAAAGUGUACAGAAGUCGUUCUUGAUUCUAAUAUUAGAUCGUCUUGUCCUAAGUUGACUCCAAGUCUUUUAAUGUUCUACUACAGCGUUUGCCUAACAACCGUAUCAAGAACUGGAAACUUAGAUAGUGCCUACUGGGUUAUGUUGGUGGCUUCUGAUUUCUGUACAUUCAUAGAACCGUCAAGACCGUCGUGGUAUGUCAAGCAUAUCUGCAAACAUGUCCGAAGGUACAACUUCCCAGAGUGGGUUGGAUCCAACUGUGAACGUUAUUGUCAGUUUGGCCUACAGCAUCCUUUUGAAGCUGACAUCUGUGAAUGUGAGUAUGGAUUUUAUGGGAAGAACUGUAGUAAUGAAUGUCCAGGAGGUUACAACAAACCUUGCAAUGGUCUUGUCUCAUGCAAUCCAGAAACUGGAACUUGCAAUUGUCCCCUUAAUGCAAACGCAUCAAGCGAUUGUACCAAGUGUCUUCCCGGAUGGACUGGAAAAGACUGCUCUAUUGCAGUUUCCAAUGCAACUGGUAAUGCCUCUAUCAAGAUCUCAUACUGCCAGGGUUAUGGCGUCUCACACUAUGCUACUUAUGAUGGGGCUGCCUUUAACUUCGGGACUUCUGGUGAAUUUUAUGCCAUCAAAACUGUGGAUUUUGAAGUUCAAAUACGCCAAACUCCUUGUGGUAAUAGUUCCUUUUGUAUUACGUCUCUCGCUGUGAGAACUGGCCUAGCAAAUGUUACCAUUAGAGCAGCCUUGAACAACACUGGAUCAGAGCGGGUAUGGGUUAACAGAGUUCUCACAAAAGCAGCUUCCGUUAAGCUAAACGAAGACUUCGUUUUUAUUAAGACCUCUCCCAGCACAUUUGAGGUUUCGAACAACUUGACCCUCGGAAACAAGACCUUGCUAAGAGUGAAAGCCUGGAAGAAAUAUUUGUCAUUUGAAAUCAUAGCGGAGUCAAAGUUGUGCAAGAAGGCUACGGGACUGUGCUCAUCGUGCGAUGAGAAUGUAGAAAAUGACUUCAUUGACUCUAAUGGGACAACCUUCUGGGGUAAGAAUGCAACUCAAGAUCUCAUCAUAAGAAAAUUAACAUCACAAUGGAGUGUUCAAGCUAAGCAUUCUAUGUUUAUAUACGAUUCGACUACUUAUCACGAGAAGAGGGCCAUAAGCACGUCAGGAUAUUGCUUACAAUUCAAGGGCUCAGUAACAAACAUUAUGAAUGUCGAGUUCAAUGGAGCAAAAGAUUUGACUCUUCAGCUGUUUAUCAAACUCAGCGCAGUUGGUGGAACCAUCAUGUCGUACGCCASAACAAAUACGUUUGCUAUUGUCAACGAUGCAACAGUCAAAAUCUACCUUGGAGCAAAUGUGUUCGAUACGGCUGGAGUSUUACAACUAAACUCAUGGUACCAAAUAUCAAUCGUUUAUCAGCGAUUAUCAGGAAUCGUUACCUACCAUCAUUUGAAUACAGAAGGAGUAAUGUACACGAGAAAGUUUUUUAUUGGUUAUAACCAGCUGUUACCAGGCGGUCAGCUUUGGCUUGGCCAAUGGUUUGUUACAACGUUUCACGUUACUGGCGUGCCGGUUCAACCAUUUUUUGGAAGUAUUGAUAACUUGCGUAUUUGGGAGGUACAACUAAACGCUGUGGAAGUGCGACAAAGUUUCUACAUGAUUAUAAAAGCAACCAUUGGGGGAAUGAGAYCGGCAUGGCUUUUCGACGAAGGAGAAGGACGAGAAGUCAGAAGCGUAACAUACGGAGACAACGUUUUCACUUUACCUGAAGCAGAAAGUCGUAGACCGGCUUGGACAUUUUCAUAUGCACUUUAUGUUUCGCCUAUUUUUGACCUUGGGAUGACAAMGACAUUUUUGAACAAGACCCUUGAAACACUAGCAUUGCAGAUAUGCAGAAAACUUAUUUACGACAACAAAAUCGCAAGCAGCUGUGGACUAUAUCUUCGCCGAGCUCAUAUCCAGUUUUAUUACCUCUCUUGUCUUAAAGAUAUCGAAACCUCSGGCUCUGUUGACAACGCAUACAUAUCAGUAACGCUUUAUGCCGACUACUGUUACAACAAACUUGGAAUAACGAGCUUACGACUUGUACAACAUUUAUGCCAUGUGAUUCCGUUUGGUAGUAAUUGGAUUGGACCAAAAUGUGACGUUCUCUGUGUAUUUGGUAAAGCUKAUGCUAUCAAUGAAAGUACUUGUGUCUGCGAUCAAGGUUACUGGGGUUCGGGYUGCGUAAAAGAAUGUCCUGGCGGUGCUCUACAACCUUGUACUAACCAUGGUAAAUGUGACACGCUAAGGGGUACCUGCACCUGUGAYCUCAACUGGCAAGGAUCUGAAGACUGYAGUAACUGUACACCAGGUUGGGAAGGGAAAGACUGUUCAGUAGCAGUGUCCAACAAGAAUUUUCCAUCCUGUUCAGUAUUUAGUGGUGGUCAUUUAUCAAGUUUUGACGGUGCGCAUUUCAGCUUCUCUGGUGUUGGUGAAUUUUGGUUGAUUCAUAACGCUGAGCUAAAGGCACAAAUAAGACAAAUAUCAUGCUCAAAUGGACACGCAAGAUGCAUUAAUGCAGUAGCGUUUUCWUACAGAAACGACUGGAAAAUAACUAUGCAUGCCCCUUACAAUAAAAAUGGAGAGCCUGUUUUUUGGUUUAACGACAAGAUUCUCAAGGUUGUUAGUAAACAAAUUCAUUUGGCAUCAAAUACAUACCUGGAAUACAGCUCUUCUACAGUAUAUACCAUUUCCAGUAAAUYAACAAGUUUGUUCGUCAAAAUAAGAGUGAUUGAAACUCGUAUUUCAAUAACUAGUCGGGUUGRUGGAUCUCUGUGCGAAAGUCUGCAAGCAGCAUGCGGAAACUGUGAUGGCAAUCAACAGAACGACCUAAAUACAACAAAUGGAAAAACCUUAGAACAGAUGUGGAGAGUACAGUCCGGAGAUAGUUUCUUUAUUUACGGAUUUGGCGGAUACGAGGAAACGCAAAAAWUAACUGGUGCUGAAUACGCACUAAAGUUUAAAGGAGUUGGUAUUGAAACAGACCUGUUACCUGGAAUCUUCACCAAUCCAUACGUGUCUGCAGAAAUCUUAUUCRAAACUGAUGUAAGCAAUAGCGGCACCCUUUAUACCUACAGUCAAUUCACAGCUAUGGCUGUAUAUAUCGAAAACACUAUCAAAGUGCGCCAAGGAAGCCAAGUCUGGGACACAGGCGUCAGGCCAAAUCUUGGAAAAUGGAACCAGCUUUCCUUGGUCUACUAUCGCCCUACUGGAAAAAUAUCACUUUAUUUUAUCRAUGCAUUUGGAGGUGUCUUUCACUAUACCCACACCAUAAAGGAAGGUCUUUAUGUUGCACAAGGAAGUAUUGCAAUUGGGCAGUGGGUUCCRGGUUAUACAGACUGGGACGUAGUAAGCUUACAGGGUUUUGUUGGUUAUAUAGAUGAGGUUCGAAUAUGGAAUCGCGAGCUCACGCUUUCGGAUGUCAAACUUAGCUGGACAAUGAACGUACAACGUAMAGCUCCAUAUCUGGCAAUUCUGUGGAAAUUKAAUGAAGGACAUGGAAAUGUUGUUCACGACAUUCAAUCUGAAGUUCACUUAUACAUUGCAAAUGUGGAUAAUGCCCCAACUUGGGUGUACAGUUCAGCCCCAGUGGCAUUAAUGCACCUUUCAAUAGAUGUUUUGCCAUCACAAAGUAUAAGACCUCAAGCAGAACKAUGGUGCAACAGCUACAUUGUCAACUCCGCCCUAGGAAGUGCUUGCAGUAGUCUUGGCAGAGGAGGUAUUGGUUAUUACUACAGAGCAUGCAUCCAGACGAUAAUAAGCUACGAUGAAGUUGAUGCUGGUGUUGAAACUGUCGUCGCUUUUGCCGACUCUUGCGAGAUUUCAAUGAACCUUACAAUAUGGCCAGCACAAUUAAUGUGCAACACUGCGAUCUUUAAGAAUUCUAGAUUAACUGACUGGAUUGGAAAUAAUUGCGAACAGCCUUGUGUAUACGGUUAUCGUUCGUUGGAUUCGCUUCUCAAGUGUGUCUGUGACAAAGCCGUUUGGGGAGAUAACUGUGACAGUUUUUGUCCYGGAGGACCCUCCAAUCAAUGUUAUAGCCGAGGAAUGUGCCUAUCCACGACAGGCAUGUGCGUUUGUGACUUCCGUUGGCGAGGAAAAGAAGACUGUAGCGUAUGCACUCCAGGAUAUCAUGGGAUUGAUUGCUCAAUAUCAAUAGGUCCAAUAAUACCCGGUACCUUUGUUACUUCUAUUUCUGGAAGCGGUCACUACGUAACACUCGACAGAAUAAAGAUCAAUGUGGCUGUAGCUGGUGAAUUUCAUGCGUUUACGUCUCAACGCCUUGGCAUAAGCAUUCAAGUUCGUCAACUAARACAAGGCAGUUAUAGUGCAUCCCGCUGUGUAUUCGUAAGAKCUGGAUCUACAAGUGUUGCCAUUCACACAAGCUACGGAGUCACCAGCAAAGUCUUUGUCUCAAGCAACGGAAUUCAAAUAAAUCAAGAUACAUGGGUAAGACUGGGCUCCACUGGUUUUCUUUUCAAAAGAGUAUCUCACGAAUCGUACGAAAUUACUGGACCUGAGAAUUUCCGAUUGAUUAUCUACCAUCGGAGCACACACUUUGUCAUCACCAUGAGAAUGAAUCCAUCUGCAUGCUACGAUGCUUGUGGUCUACUUGGCCAAUGUGGAAGGCACGAASCCAAUUCGAAUUGCUCMGAAUCUAGCAUAACGUCAUCAUACAAUAUAUCUCAAAUUACCCAGCUUGAUGUAGACACCUUUGUAAAGAAAUGGAUGGUUCCUAGAAACGAMAGCGGCUUCAUUAACAUCUUGAAAAUUGCUGGAGAAAAACAAAUUCUCACUAGUGCGGGUAGCUGCUUGUUYUUUAAUGGCACUGGAUUGGUUUCUCCUCCACUUGUUAAUAUAUUUGUUGGCAACUUCGUGUCGAUCCAAUUUUACGUGAUGGCUAAAGAUCCYAUAGGUCAAGGAGGGACAAUAAUCUCCUUUGCAGCCAACUUCACAUUCGCAGUGACAGUACUUAAUGGAACUUUACAAGUACAUGUAGGCUUAAARAGUUACGACACGCUUUUGACCCUUGAAACGUUAAAAUGGAAUCAARUAUCCCUAGUAUAUAGAAGAGAUUCAGGUCUGCUUCAGUUCUACAGAACUUCCUCCCAAGGAAUUGUAAGAAAGAGAGUAUURAAUAUUGGACUGGGAGUUUUUACCCCUGGUGGCUCGAUCGGAAUAGCAAUCUGGAAGGUAACAGACAUUGCCAUUAAUGUUCCUGGAUUUGUUGGUUGGUUGGAUGAAUUGGGCAUAUGGAACAAACGGUUCGAUGGCGUAAUGAUUCAACAGAUGUGGCGUGUUAGUGUAGAACUGACUUUGCCAGGAAUAGCUGCAUAUUGGAAUUUCAAUGAAGGUCAAGGCUACGUGGCUUCAUCUUCUGUUGGUUCUCUUGACAUUUUAUUUCCAUUGCCACCUUGGAUAAGUCCAGCAUGGAUGYCAUCAGACAUCAAUAUCUCUCUAACAAGUACCAUUGCUGCAAUAUUCCCCAACAAGUCGUUAGAAAGCAAAGCCAAGGAAUUGUGUCAAAAUAUAUUCUUAAAAGGUCCAUUUAAUGAGGAAUGCGGCAACGCCACUGGUAACGCUGACUUUUAUUACGAAUCUUGCGUCGUCGAUGUCGCAUCUUCAAAAUCCCUGGAAUCAGCCAAGGAAUCGACAGUCCAGAUGGCUUUCGAGUGUCAGGCAGCGCUCAAUUUAACAUCAUUGCCUGGUCAAAAUCUUUGCAACGUUUACCCAAGUGGGCGUUACGACAACUGGGUAGGGGAAAACUGUACAAUCAAAUGUGUAUAUGGACGAUACUUAGAAAGUGAAUGCAAGUGUGAUUAUGGAUACUGGGGCAAGAAUUGUUCGGAAGAGUGUCCCGGAGGGGCUGUAAACCCAUGUUUUGGCCAUGGACAGUGCGACGUAGAAACUGGUAGAUGCAAAUGUGAGGUUAAUUGGAGUGGAGAUGAACUGUGUUCAUCUUGCUCGCCUAACUGGAUCGGCGAAACAUGUGAAAUUGCACUCCGAAAAAAUAUAUCAUCAACAAAAUUGUGUACAAUCAUGGAAAAUGGGAACGUAAUAGGAUUUGACAACUCCCUAUUUAGUUUUUCAAGUGUCGGUGAAUUUCAAUUAAUCUCGUCUUCCACCAUUCAAGUUCAAGUCCGUCAGGUACCAUGUAGAUCUGGAGCUGUUUGUCUCAAUGCAUUUGCCCUAUCGGUUAACGGUGAAGAUUUAAGUGUCCAUGCCCCGUACGUGAACAGUGGUGAUAUUAGUAUACACCUCAAUGGAAAACGAUUUCAUAUUUCCGAUGACAUUAAUAUUAAAGACCUUUCAAUCGAACAACUAACUUUGAACAGCCUGAAUAUACACGUAGGAGGUCAGCUAUCAAUUAAAUCAACAUUUUAUGAUCGGUACUUAAUUGUCGAGGCCCGAAGUUUUGGAAGUUACUGUGAAGAUUUUGAAGGCUUAUGUGGCUCCUGCGAUCUCAACGCAAACUCGUCGAUCAAAUCAGUAUUAGAAGCAGUUGGUAAAGACAACAAAUCAGGAUUGUCUGUAGACAGUUUUAUCAAGACCAACCUCAGUGUGAACCUAGGCUCCAAAAUCGUUUUAGAUGAAACCAUUCACAAGGAAACGAGGAUAAUUUAUGGUGGAAUAUACAAUCUGUACUUCAGCUUUUCCGCAGCAGUGUCGAAUGAGAUCGUCGGUUUAUUUGAUUCCAACACCUUCACCAUUCAACUACUUGUUAAAUCAUGUGACCCUCAUGUUUGUGGCGGAGUCAUCAUUUCAUAUGCCGCACGCGUUACGUUCUACGUCAGCAACCAUGUGACUGUGAAAGUUGGUAUUGGAGACGAAGUGUAUGACACUGGAAUAGCCACAGAAACAAACAAGUGGAACAUGAUAACUUUGAUAUUCUUGCGCGCGGAACUAAGACUAUCUAUUUAUAUCACGACAUCCAUUGGAGUUACCCAGGGGAGGAAUUUUGAAAUCGGGAUCUAUCCUUUUGAAAAUGGAGGUACUUUCGCUAUUGGAUUAUGGCAACCAUCUUCUGGAGCGUUUAGUUCUAGAGUAUCUCACAUCUUUGAAGGGUUCCUUGAUGAGAUACGCAUAUGGAAAAGAGCGAUUGACUAUGCGAGCAUUUCACAGAGUAUUUCAGCAAAUGUACAAGCAGACAGUUCUAUACUUUUAGGCCUUUGGAAAUUUAAUGGCGGCGAAGGCUACAUUGCCAAAGAUGACAUAUCCCAAAACCAUUUAUUAUUUCCUAAAUAUCCUAUGAGGACCCCAACAUGGUUAUUCUCUGAUGCUCCUAUUGAUUAUGUUCCUGCCGAAAACCCAAACAUUAAGAACGAAACUCUAAUUCGCCUUGCGAAUGAGGUCUGUGUAUCAUUCAUCUUCCGUGGACCUAUCUUCCACGUAUGUUCUAGCUUGGAUAACAUCACUUUAAAUUUUUAUUUACGGGCGUGCAUCAAGUCAAUUAUUAGCUCUGGUGAUCAAACGCAAGCUUUACAGUUCAUUAUAGCUUUGUCCGACUACUGCCAAGCUGCUCUAAGAUUGGAAUUCUGGCCAGCACAACCAUUAUGCAAUAGAUUUCUUGGAAAAGCGUUCCCUAACUGGAUAGGAAUAAACUGUACAACUCCUUGCGUUUUUGGAAGACCCACGAAUGUCACAACAGACUUGUGUGUUUGUAGACAAGGCUAUUUUGGUAACAACUGCUCUGGAAUUUGCCCUGGCGGAGCUUCCAACACGUGCAACGGGCAUGGCUCUUGUACUAUAGAUUCUGGAAUAUGUCUGUGCGAAAUUAACUGGAGAGGAGGCAAAAACUGCACUACCUGUUCAACGGGAUGGAUUGGCAAKGAUUGCUCUAUGGCGAUAACUGAAGUUAUCUUUUUGGGUCGCGUACGAGGAAUAAGUAGUAUGGGCAUUCGAGGCUACGUAAGCACUUUUACAGGUGUGAAUCUGGUUAUCCAAACAACAGGAGAAUAUUACUUGGUGUACUCAUAUAUCCUAUCCAUCCAAAUGCAAGUGCGAUUAGUGUCUUGUUUUGAACUUGAAUCUUGUAUAAACUCUAUAGCACUCCGCAUUUCCUCGCAUACAUUUGUCAUCCAUGGGCCCUAUACAUCAGACCAAGCAAUAAUAACAUGGCUUAAUGGAAAAGUUAUUGAUAUUGAUGUCAACCMACCGUCUGUUCAUGUUAAUGGGUUCGUGUUCGUACGAAUUUCAUUUGGGCUGUAUGAAUUCAGGCAUCGCGAUAUUACGAUCAAGAUUAGAGUAGAGGGACGUUACCUAAACUUCGAUGUCAGAGCAUCUUCUCUUUUGUGUAACACAUCUGUUGGGCUUCUUGGCAAUUGCAAUCAAGAUACCUUAACUUUGUUUGAAUCCUUCGAACCACUUAAAAACUGUUCUCAAGAAAUAAAUCAACAGAUAAACAAUUCUCGCCGUUUUACCCAAACCAACCGUAGUAAUCUUACAACAACAAAGUUUACGGAGAUGUCAACAAAGUUUAAAGUUCUACCAUGCCGGAGUCUCUUCGUCUACUCGUACAAAGAAGUGACAGAAUUCAGGGAAGCCAAUACUGGUUAUGCACUUCACUUUAACCAUACUGCUGUAAUAACAUCUACUGUCAUUACCCAAGCCUUUAUUUCCAAUGAAAUCACUUUUGACCUGAUGAUUAAUAUCCAACACAAUGGCCUCAUUUUCUCGUACAGCAAAUCUAAAACAUUUUACAUUACAACAUUGGGAGGAAAGAUCAGCCUUCAUUUUGGGAAUACGAUUUACAGAACCAACAUCACUAUUGAGUUGGAUGCUUGGACGCAGCUCACUUUAGUACAUAAAAAGUCAACAAGCAAGCUACAGUUGUAUUAUUUCUUUUCCAACGACGUUGUUCAAAGGAUGGACAUAAAAAUCGCGAUUGGGAUUGAUAUUUUUGAACCUGGUGGAUAUUUAGCUUUAGCAGGGUGGAUUCCGCCAAUAAACGGAACUGAUUCCCAGCCAAAAGACAUCUUUGUUGGUUUCAUAGAUCAAGUGCGCAUCUGGACUCGCCAUUUUCAUCCAGCUUUAAUUCAGCAAAUAAGAAAAAGAGAAGUGCUCGUAAAAACAGACGACCUCGCUCAUGCUUGGAGGUUUAACGAGGGUGAAGGAACACUUCCAAUCGACACAAUGGGGAAUGUAAAUUUUGUAAUGACAACAACACCCUGGAUGGUCCCGUCCUGGCGUUUUUCGGAGGCUAAACUAAACUCGCCAUUCUUUGAGGUAUCACCAUCUUACGAGUUUGCGAAUGACAUACUCAAAAAUGAUUCUGAAACAUUUUGCCAUCGUCUCUUGAUGCAAGGUCCACUCUAUAGAUCUUGCAGUGGAUUAGGUCAAGGAGCAUUGACAUUUUAUUAUAGAUCAUGUCUUCGAAAAAUAGCCUCUUCUGGAGAGAUUCAUGCCUCAUUGGAAGUUAUCAUCAAACUUUCGGAUUACUGUCAAAGCGUAUUCAAUCUUGAUGUGUGGCCUGCUAAACCCCUUUGCAACGAAUUUCCUGUGUCCAUCUUCCCAACGUGGUAUGGCCCUGAGUGCAACCAAAAGUGCGAUCAUGGUCUAAGAUUACUUCCAAAUGUCUGCAAAUGCAACCGAGGAUAUUUUGGAAGUGACUGCACUAAUGUUUGUCCAGGAGGUGCGGCUAACCCUUGCAACAACCACGGCGACUGCAACCCGAUAGAUGGUCAGUGCGUUUGCAGAGAAAACUGGAAAGGAACUGCUGAUUGUAGGUCAUGCUCGGCGGGAUGGAUUGGAAGCGAUUGUUCUGUUGCCAUAUCGUCGAUUCCUAAUUUAAGAAUGUCAUACUCUGUUGCAUCACAUGGUGGAAGAUAUGUAACGUUCGAUGGAGUAAGCUUCGCAUUCCUGUCUCUUGGAGAGUUUUAUGUCAUACAUUCUGCUGUAAUGCAUUUUUCUCUCCAAAUCAGACAAGUUCCUUGCUUGCUUCAGUCGGUCUGCAUCAAUGCAAUAGCCAUUCAAAUUUUUGAUACAGUAGUCUCAUUUCAUGGACCCUAUGCUACCGGCAAACUACCCGUAAUCUGGAUCAACAAUUUGGCAUUCCCUAUUACAGGCGUAUUAACGAAUAUAGGCCCUGUGCAUAUUGGACUAAGGUUUUGGAUUGAUUCACGUAAUCGGUAUGCCAUCGCAUUGAGGGAGGACGUUAUCAUUCGCAUACGUGUAGAAGGAAGAUAUCUUAGCUUUAAUGCUGAAAUACAAAAGCUUGUUUGUGCCAAUUCGACUGGUCUUCUAGGUUCCUGCGAUGGACUCUCUGAAAACGACCUGGCCGACUUACCUACUAAUACCACUCAACAACAUAUCAAUAACCAUCUCGCCAAUAAACUUGUACCUUCGACCAAUGAUACCCUUUUUGUUUUGGAGCACGGUUUGUACAAAGAGACCAGGGAACCAAGCGGUGGCAUUUAUGCCCUUAUGUUUAACAACACAGGAGCAUCUGGAACCAUUUUCAGGGCAUUUGUAAACAAUUCCGACCUUACAUUAGAACUUUUAUUCAAGGCCAUGUAUUACAAAGGAACUAUUGCAUGCUAUGCCAAUGUAAAGACGUUGGCCUUGGUUGUUGAUACUACCAUCAGAAUACACUUUGGGCAUGAAGUCUUAGAUACUGGAAUAGUAAUUCAGCUUCACUACUGGAGCCAUGUGUCACUCGUUUGGCAUUAUGAAACAAUGAUUCUGGAAAUAUACCACUUCGACUACAAAGGCCUAGUGAAAAGAAUCAAUUUUAGCCUUCAAGAGAAUCCAUUCAUCUCUGGUGGAAUAUUUUCUCUUGGUCAAUGGGAACUUUCUCCAGGAGAAACAGAAGAACAAACAAAAACGCCUUUUAUUGGAGUUAUUGAUGAAAUAAGAGUAUGGCAUCGCGCAUUUGAUCCAGUCUUGAUACAGCAGAAUUUUAAAAUGAAUGUCCUCCCAACUCACCCUAGCCUUGCAUCACUGUGGAAGUUAAAUGAAGGUGAAGGAGAUGUUAUCCAUGAUCCAGUCAAUAAUGAGCAUUUGUAUUUACCCAGAGUACCAUGGCAGCAACCAACCUGGAUAUACUCAGACGCAGAUGUUAAAACUAACCUCAGCCUAACAGCAACACCUCAUUAUAACAAUGAAACAUUCAAAAAUAUCGGGAAAGCCUUUUGCUUCGAACUGUUCUAUGAGAGUGACCUACGCACAUUAUGUGGAAGUCUUAUGUCAGAGCUCCAGUUUCAUUACCUAUUGUGCAUCCAUGAUGUUGGUACUGUGGGGACAUUGUCAGCUUCCCUAAGCUCAGUCAUAACUUUCGCAGAUCACUGUGAAUCGAUCCUAAGCCUCUCCUAUUGGCCGGCAAGAAGUCUGUGUAAUAGCAUUCCAGAAAGCGAAUUCCCCAACUGGAUUGGUGACCGAUGUAAUGUUAAGUGUGUUUUUGGUAAACCGAAGAGAACUGACCGGAAUGAGUGUGAAUGUUUUUAUGGAUACUGGGGAAGUGAUUGUUCACGAACGUGUCCUGGAGGCACAAUAAAGACCUGCGCUAAUCAUGGACGCUGCGUCAAAGAAACAGGCAGCUGUAGCUGUCACAUUAAUUGGCAAGGGUCGGAAAACUGUACCUCGUGCAGCUCUGGUUGGUACGGUAGAGAAUGCCAGUUUUCUGUGGGUAUACAGCGAACAUCAUUUACCUCUAUACAAAUAGCAUUAGCUGGAAACUCUGGGUAUUUUAAUUCAUUCAUUGGCCUAUCUUUCAUUCAUCGCUUGCAUGGAGAAUUCUACCUUCUACGUUCCUUUAUUAAUAAUUUUGUCAUACAGAUACGGCGUGGAUUUUGCAGUACUCAAUACAUUCGGUCAACCUCAUGUACGGUUGCUUUCUCUUUUAGCUACAAAGACAUCGUUAUAGCCAUUCGAGCACCCAUCACUGCCAUACCUCGCACUUCAAUAGUUAUGCCAUUUGUUUGGAUCAACGGUAAUCUUGUUCGCAUUGAUCAUUUGACAAGCCUUUCUCCCUAUUUUGUAAUGGUUCGCGUAUCGAGUGACACCUUUGUCAUCAAGGGACCGGAUGGAAUCCGCUUUUCAGUUCGAGUUCGUAAUAGUCUUGGACUGACACUCAGCAUCCCAUCGUCAUACUGCCAAAACUCUACAGGACUUCUCGGAAGAUGUAAAACUCUAACUUUGAAUGACACACAAUCAGUGGAACGUGCCUAUGCAAGCAUCAUAUCAAAAUCUGCUGUUAAUCCAAGUGACACGCUUUUCUCCUAUUAUUUUGAACAUUAUUACGAAUAUCAAGAAAUUACUGGCGGAGGAUUUUGUUUGAACUUCAGGGACAGUUUCGUUGUUUCAAAACCACUAAACAUUCCAAAAGUGAACAUUCUAACUUUAGAACUUUUGGUCCGUAUUAAAGAAUAUGGUGGAGUUGUUCUGUCCAUUGCCAAGGAAGCCACAUUUGCAGUCAUCAACGAUUUGACGAUGAAAAUUUAUUACAAAAGCCAACAGCUUGAUACAAGAAUCGCCUUGGAAAUAAAUCGAUGGAACCAAAUAACUCUUGUAUUUUACCAAUUAAUAGGAAAGCUUGAGGUUUAUAUAUUUGACCAAUUGGGAAAUCUCCGCGUCAGGGUUUUCAUGGUGGACAAAGAUAUCUGGAAGAAAGGAGGUGUUUUAGCUUUUGGUCAAUGGUUACCAUCGGGGGGAAACGAACAGCCGCCGCAUUCGACAUUUUAUGGUGACAUUGACGAAGUGAGGAUGUGGAAAAGGAGAAACAAUCCUGACAUUGUAAAGCGUAACCGAAGACUAAAUGUGCAGCCCCGUGCUUAUCCAGAUCUCUUACAUCUUUGGAGACUGGAUGAAGUUGAGGGAGGAAUUGUGCGAGAUACAGCUGGGAAUAGUGACCUGUACUUGAAAACCUUCCAUGAGCCAGAGAGAGUGUUUUCUAACUCAGACAUACCUACCUAUGAAACUAACGAACCAGUAUUUAGAAAUGAUACCUUGGACGAGCUCGCUGAAUCAUUUUGCAGAUCUGUAAUCCUUGAGGGUCCACUGUUUGAAAACUGUUUGCCAUUAGGAAGACCUGUUGCACAGUCGUACUACAACACGUGUUUCGACGAGGUUUCGUUGUCUGGAGACAGUAAAGCGGCUUUUGACACUGUCAUUUCAUUCGCAGACUAUUGCCAAGAAGCAUUACAAUUGAGCGAAUGGCCCGCACGUAAGCUGUGCAAUCGAUUUCCAGAAAAAAGAUUUCGAGACUGGAUUGGGUAUCUUUGUAACACUAAAUGUGUGUUUGGUUAUGCAAGCGCGGCAUCACAUUAUAAUGCAGUUGGUGUCAGAUGCACAUGUGAAGAAGGAUACUGGGGAGAAGACUGCAGCAAAUUGUGUACAGGGGGAUUGCGGAAUAUCUGCAACGGUCAUGGUAUUUGUGAUGCCGUAAAUGGACAAUGUCAUUGCUCAGAAAAAUGGAAUGGAACGACUGACCGUGACACUUAUGUGUCUUCUCCCGUUCGUCCUUGUUCAGCUUGCACCAACGGUUGGGCAGGAACUGACUGUUCUAUUGCCGCAGAUACAAACAACAUUGACGACAAAACGCCAUCUAUGUCAAUGAAUUUUGGUGACCCUCACUUUACUACAGCCAAUGGAGUAAACUACAACUUCGAAGUGCCAGGUGCUUAUUUGAUGAUAAACUCAAGUAUUUUUACCGCACAGAUUCUUCAAGUCCCGUGUAACAAUAGACUAUCGUGCCGCCGAAUAUCAGAAAUUGCCCUUAACACUAGUUCGUUUGCAUUGUCUGUCAGUUACGCUGAUCCUCGUAAAGUAGAGACAACGCUACUUGAUUAUAAGUCCAAGACGACGUCUGGACUUACUCGGUCUGAAAAGUACAAGUCGUUACCAAAGUUGAAGGGAGCGAAACCAAAAUACCGUUGGAUUACUGCGGAUAUACUUGAAGUAUCUUUCGAUCAGAACGAAAAGCUUCACAUUCUUAUUUACAAUGGCACGUUGGGAGUAGCGGUGGAAAUGCCAUCCAAAAAGAAGAACAAAAUACAAACUGAGACGCACGGGUUAUGUGGAGCGAAGACUGGCAGUUUAGUCACAUCUUUACGAGAUGGCCAAAGUAACGUUAAUUCCAGCCAACUGAACCAAGCCUACAUCGAUAAAACAUUGUCAUCCACGCUACAAGUUCCACCUAAAAGCAACUUUUUGAAUACAUCUUUUGCAAAGUACCCAUUUACAGCAGCAGGCUUUAUGAUACAUUUCUCAAACAAUUAUAUUUCCCUUUCUCUGAAUGAAAAUCUACCGGAGCUGGAGGAAUUUACCUUUGAACUUUGGGUAUGCUUAGUGAAUGAUGUUGACACCAUCACCGAAAAAUGCUCUUCAUCGCAAAAAAAUCCAAGCCUCCUAAGCGCUGCUCCGAUAACGAACAAACAAGUCCUGUUCUCGUUUUCCACUGACACCGUUAAUUUUGCUCUGCUACAUAACGAUAACAUCGCAGUCGUUUGGAAUGAUCAAACUGCAAGGACAAACCUAACACUAAAGGAAGGGAUUUGGACCCAUGUGAGUAUAUCAUGGCGCACAAACGAUGGACGGGUGACUAUCAUGGCCGCAAACAAGGAUGUGAAUAGAACAAUAUCCUUAUAUGGCAUACAUCUUGGCAGUAAAUUUGCCCCUGAUGGUUCUUUGUUUAUUGGAAGAUACGCUAAAGCUGGAGAGAUAGUUGAUAACUAUAGUCUCAUUGGAGCAUUAGACGAAGUUCGACUGUGGCAAUAUGCAAAACCUGAACAAGAAAUAGUUUCCUUAAGAAAUUCUAAAUUUGAUUACUAUUACCCUGGACUUCUGAUGAACUUACCGUUCGACGAAGGCUAUGGAAGAAACAUAAAUGCAUGGAUAUACAAAGCUGUGAACGUAAGCCUUAAUGAAAAUAGUCCUUUGUCGGAGAAUGAUACUACUGGUAAAAUUGUUACGUUGUCAGUGCAACCUGCUAAAACCUCUACAGAAUGGCUUCCGUCCACGCUUUUCCUCACUCCUCUUACCAACUACACUGUGUACUUCAGGAAUAACACUCUACGAGAAGAAGCAAUAAAGACUUGUCAUAAAUGGUUCUACACUGGUGAUGUGCAGAACCUAUGUAGCAAAGUUCUUAUUUCCCAAGCGCGAUUUUAUUACGAAGCCUGCAUUUCAGACAUUGCUGACUCUGGAAGCCUUGCUCACCAUAAACUCUCGAUUAGCCUUUUUGGUUUUUAUUGUCAAAAAAUCCUCAACAUCGAAGAGUGUAAACUUUAUGGGACAUUUGAUGCCUUUCCUCCAUGUAAGACAUCUAAAAAGACAGAGGUGCCUGGAGUUGUAGUCAUUAUAUGUUCAGUUUUGGCAGUUUUACUAUUAUUUCUAUUCUGCCUGUUAUGCCUGUUCUUCAUCAGGAAAAGAAGGAAAACUCGAAAAGAAAGAGCCAUUGUAGAACCAAUAGUUUUGCAAAAAUUCACUUUGUCGCAGGGUGAUAACAGUGAUAUCGAAUUGCAACCAAUAAGACUCAUGGAGAGAGAUGAUCAAGAAGAAAGAACAGCCUCAAGCUCUGCACUUGUCACAGACGAUGUUCCAUGCGAAGGGACGUUUGGCCACCCUGUCAAAAGAAAGAGAGGAUCAUCAAGAAGCCAAUAUGAUAAAGGCACCAGUCAACAGCUUGGUACUAGCAAACGUCUACUGAUGUACGGUUGUGAUUCCGACUCUGAUGAUGUACAUGUACAUGGUGUUGAAAAAUCGACUUACGGAAAUGAUGAACAAGGUGCUUUUGGACAGAAAGGAGGAAAAGAAAGGCGUGAGAAAGUGCGAAAAAAGUCUUCCAAAACAAAAUAUCACAUGGCUGAGAAGGAUCCGAGCCCUAAGGUUCUAAUGUAUGAAUGUGAAUCAGAUUCUGAUGUUGAAGAUCAACGAAGUAAAGGAAAAGGAAAAGGGCCUGCCAAGAGCAAUGUUGAUCCUACAAAAGCCUUGUUGAUGUCUGCAUCUGGAACAGAUUCCGAUGCCGAUGAUGCRAUGUAUGCAAGAUCGAAAAAGGCGUAUGGAGAAUCUACUGACAGUAUUCCGAGAAAAGAACUUGGCAGAAAGACCUACCGUUUGCCGGCAGACAAGGAUAUUGAUACUGAUUCUGAUUCUGACAAGGAACUGAAAACAUUUUGCAAGGGAAGAUCUGUCCCUUCACCUGGAAAAGACUCUGAUGAAGAAACCAAGGUGUAAAAACCUUAUCACCAUUGAUAUCCUAACAACUGAAAAUAACAUUGAAGGACAAGUCAAAAAUUGAAGACAAAUCAAGUAAAAAAAACUAACCAAUAAAAUGCUAUUACUAAGCAAUAAAAUGCUUUUAGUGGAAAGCGCAGACGCUUAGAUUACAUAGUAGAUAAAAGAGAGUAGAAAGAUAAAUGGCAUAUAUUGAUCAAGCAAUAGAAAUAUAAUUAUUAGAAACCAAUUAAUGAAUUGGUUUAAUGCCUUGAGCCACAUAAACAUGACUAGAACUGUUUGUUAGCACAGUUGGAUAAGAUAAAGUGGUUUUGACAAACCCGUAAGGCAAACAACGUAUCUAUACUAAGUACUCUCAUAAUACCUUAGUACCAUAAUAUCUUUAAGCUUAAAAAAUCCUAUUGGUUUAUUUCGUAUAUUAUUUCAGCAUUGUAGUUUAGUUUGCUGUUUUCUUCAUAAAGUUAGGUGUACCGCGUAAAAAAAAACCAGCUUUGUUGUUAUUAAUAAUAGAAAUAAUGAGUGCUAAAUUCUGUAAUCAAUUUCUAGCCAAUAAGCAAAUAUAUAAAAAAAAACAGCUUUGUUGUUAUUAAUAAUAAAAAUAAUGAGUGCUAAAUUCUGUAAUCAAUUUCUAGCCAAUAAGCAAAUAUUCCGAUAGAGGCACUGGUUUUCAUAAAUAAUUUAAAAAAAUAAAAUGAGGGUCCAGAAAACAUAAUAMAUUAAAAUUUAUUAUGUUUUCUGGAUACUUAUUUCGUGAUCAAAACACAUAGAAUUUGACUUAACUGUAAAACAGAUUUUAGUUUAGUUCUGUGGCUUAUUAAUAUCAAGACAAACAUUACAAAUGACAGAUAGAAAAUCCAUUUAGUAAUCAUUGUUAAAAACAUUUCCAAGGUUUUGUUUUAAUUUUCUAAUACAGUUGGCUAUUCAUUUUUUUUUUUUUACUUAGAUUAGGAUUCCAUCAAAUUUGCGUAGCUUUGCCUAUUUUUUUUUGGUAUCUUUUAAAUUAUAUUCUUGUAUGUUCGCAUUAAAAAUACAAUUUAUAGUUAUUGUUUUAUCGAUUUGCAAAUUUCGCUUUGCUAAUACUGUUUUCUAUUCAAUUUUUUCCUCAUAACAAUUAAGAUUCCAUAAAAUCUUCUAAGUUUAGCGUGCACCUCAAUAUUUUAAUAUCUCAUGAGCGUAUUAAAAUAAACAAAUUUAUAGUUAUA